AUGGAGGGUAUAAUGCCUUGGUUUCUAAUUGCCAACUUAUAGAUCAAGCUAGGCGGCGUCGCGUCAGUUCCGUGAAAUCAAAUAAACUUGAACUACUGCGCAAAAUCAAGGAGGCAAAACAGCGGGGCGAGCGGUUUGUCGUGGUGAGAAAUCGGUUGUAUUUUUUUAAUGUACAUAGGAAACAGAAGAAAAGCCCAUUUAUGAGACAGUGGACGAAAAAACAUACUCAAGGAUAGUCCAGGAACGUUUAGAGGAUGAUUGGAUUGUUGAUGAUGGUGAGUAUCAAGAUCGCUCUCACCCAUUUUCUCCUCCUCCCUGAUAACAUCGCACUUACGAAGGGUUAGCUCCUACUGUUAGUCUGUGACUGGUUUUGUGAUUGGCUGCCUCUUCCAGACAGUACGCGAGGGCACAAUCUGCCUGUCACAGGUCAGUUGUGCCCCGACAGCUGACCAGGUAACCAGCCUCAUACAAGCAGCCGAAUCUCAGCAGUCGGCGCAGGGCUGGUCAGGGUUAAUGCACCUGCACGUUCCAGCCAAUUCAUUUCCGUUUCUAAAUCUGUUCUUAACAUUUCCGUACUGCCCAUAAGUGAUCGCCGAUUGACCGCAUUGUUUUGGAAGAUAUUCCGUUAGAUUUAUGAAACUCAUGUUCCUUGAAACUCGUAUUUGCACUCCCAGAGGGCCUUGGAUACGCUGAUGACGGUCGUGAGAUUUUUGAUGACCACGAUGGCGAUGCGGAAGGUAGUCCUUCAACAAAGCGUUCCCGUCAGUCAGUUCCCAAGAAACGACUGAACCCGGAUAUCCGCGCUUCACCUCAAGCUCCUAAGCUCCACGCGUCUGGCACCAAGGAUAUCCGAAACAUGUUUGCCACGAGUGCAUCCCAAAAGUCCAAGCCAAACGUAAGGGUUAAUGGUAACUCUACGAUUUAUUGUGUUCAUUACUAUUAAAAAAGUUUACUUACUUCAUGCAUGUGUUACUUUUGGCCGAAAUCGUCUGCGUAGGGUUUUUUGAAGAUUCGAAUUCCUAAACACUGAUUUAAAGAUACUUAUAUGGAGUCCUAUUACCCGACUGAGGUCCUCCGGACUAUCACAUUUUCACGUUCAAUUUUUUAAUUUACAGUUUGGGACAUUGAUUUAUGGACAUUUUUAUGCCAAAUUAUCCUAUUUUCACUAGCGAAGAGAAUCUUUCGCAACUUUCCAUGUGCAACUGUUAAACCGGAUAUUAGUAUGAAGAAAUCGCCUCUCUCACCUGUCUUAGGUGCUUACAAUGAGCUCUUCGUACAUCUCAUCCACCAUUUGCGCCGAGGAAACCUAUAACCACGAAGUCAGUAAUCUAGAAGAGCGCCAUUCGAACGAUCAUGUCUGGAUUUUUGUCAUCAGCCGGCCAUACCCCUAUCCCAGGCCGAGGAUACUAGUCUUUUUAAUUGAUCAUUAAGCUAGGUGUUCUGCCAAAUGAGCCAUGGACCCAAUUCCUGUCACACGCACAGUUAAUACAGUCACACGAAAGUGGAAUUCACUAACCUUACCUGAUUCGAGUCGUGUUAAAACUGUUGCAUUUAGGACAGACAAAUAAGCUAAAUCUAUAACCGAUAGUCUUUGCUUCCUGGAGUUGGACUGACCGCCAGAAAACGACAAGUAAACCAGAAAUGAGCAUUUAAGUCGCUCCUGUUUUUGUUAGUUAUAUUGGUGGGAGGCGAUUUCUCGUCGGUAUCCCCUUUGGACCAGAGUCCCUAAGCAAAGGAACACCCGCAUUCCUUCUAAUCAGCAUAGACCAAUGGGCCCCACAUCUAUCAGUGAUCACCCAACUACCUCUCACAUGUUUUGAUAUUGCCACUCUUAAUUACGUUAUGACCAAUUCAGGCUGGCAAACCAGGCAAUUCAAAGACAGAUGAUGCCGCGCUGGAUGAUCUUCUCGCUGAAAUAGUAGGCGGAACUGCUACCAGGCGGCCUAGCGCGCCUCCCACAUCGGCAAGAAGGACUCAUUCAGAGCAGAAGAAAAGCAAGAGGACCGUUUCGGUGACAACUACCCCACCGACGACGCUUUCAACACAUAAGGAGACGCGGAAGAACCCUUUCUCCCUGAAAAAGCCAGUAAGGCGGGUGGGAGACGACCGGGAUGAUGAUGCUAAGUGUACGGAGCGCGUUUCAUUCUCUCAACCUGCCGCCAAACGCCCAACAUUGCCGCCACCAAAUGCAUCGAACAGGGUCACAAGAACAUCCCAGAAUUCAAGCAGUGAGUUUUUACAUUUCCUCCUCUCCUGACUGAGUAUAGUGCCUGGUGGUCGUUAAUUGUCAUUUUCGGUUCAUCCCGCUCACAACUUAAAGCAGAAAACAUUGGUGGGACUCCUUAUGAGUGUUCGCGACUAAAGGAAAUACUUAAGUAGGUGGGUACUUGAAAAUCGUCCCAGCAGCCUUCGCCAGUCCCGCUCUCAAGAAAGCACUCCGUGUACUUUAUUUAGUUCACGUUUUCUGUUGCAUAUUCCAAGUCUGUUACUUUUUGAAAAGAGCUCAGAAUAUUGAUUAGUUAAAAGUUAUUCGUGCGGCAUUCUUUUCUGGACAGCUUAUAUUAGAAACCACAGGAUAUUCCGAUUUUGAGAAAGUCAUUUUAUUCUGUCACAAUUUAAGGCGCCACUCGAGCUUUUGCAUAGUCUUAAGACCACCGAGGUAUCUGGAACAUUCCAUAAGUAUUUUCACUUUGCUGCGCAGAAACUUCUUAAGACCCGGUGGGUGCUAUGGCAGGUCCGGAAUAACUAGUUACCACUAAGAAAUCAGUGUAUACAUGUCAGCGCUUCGCAACGACAUUUUUAGUUCCUGACUAUUCUGCACUUUUGGACAUUCAUUCGCUAGACGGUGAAACCACUGGCAGAAGGCCUUUAGAAUUGGAUUUUGUAAAUCCUUUUUGUGCAUAUUAGUGGACGGGAUAUGGGCACUGAGAAGCAAGGCGAAAAUUUCGUCUUGGGUGACCGGAAAGUCAGCAUGCCACGGCGCAAGAAUUAUUGUUACUGUUAUUACUAUUACUAUCGGUAUUAGGACAUCGUUUGAGUAAACUUUCAGGCUCCGCGCCUACAGUGGUCGAAGGUCGACUAACGCUGCUACACUUCGCGCCCUUCCGCUCUCACCCCGCCCCUGACAAUGACUGCUAUUACCCACCCCACCCCCCUCCCCACAUUCCCACACCCCGCCCGUGUUUUAAGUAGAACUUUUAUCGAUUUUCUUAUCGCUGACGUGUUUUUCUUCUACCCCGUUCUCAUAUAACUGUACUGGCCCGACGAGAAUUUAUCGAAAGCUACGUAUGCUCGCCACCUCGUCGUCUGAUUACUGCUAUGGGAAUUUUCGCAACUCUAAACUUUUAUUGUUGAAUGAGCGUCGUUGUAGUUGUUAGUGACGUGACUCUAACCAUGCAUAAUCUGACGUCCUAAAUUGUCGUGUUUCUUGGCAGCGUUCAGUACAAGUGGACCUCAAUUAACUGCCUGACUCUUUUGUGCCAGGUAGUCUCCUCUAGAACUUUGGCCAAUAAGAACCUAACUAUAAGACUGCAGUUUUACAGUUAUCAGGUAUCAGCACUGUCACCAAGUCUUAGGAUAUUUUGUAGAGCAAUCUGUGCCAGAUCACAGCCAUCCACGCCCUGGUAGAAUCGCCUUUGUUGAUUAGCGACAAUCUAUUUGCCACGCAAGCCUGCUUAUAUUACAGCCGCUCCUCUGUCUAUCAUCAAUAGGCGCGCCGAGUAACCAGCAAUUAUGCUGAUAGCCAGACCUGCCUGCCUAAUUGAAGACCUGUUGUAAUUUCUUGAACAAUUUUUUACGAACUUUAAAAGGUGCCUUGACUAGUUCAAAAUAAAGCCUUUACAAGAACCAGAAUUGGAGAAAAUCCGGACAUCACAAAGCCUCUCGGGUGAUUUGAUGCCUCAUUGUAUGAAAACCAACGAGGAUCUGCUUGCCUGUCCGAACAGUAGUCUGAUAACUCUUACCUCAGCGGUCUCCCAUCGCAGUCUGUGCUGCUCACAUCCUCUUCUUCAAAGCCCUAUUUCUUCUGCCUUUCCAGUCCUCCCGGAGCAUCCUGAAACAUCAUUCGCGUCUAUUUUGGUCGACUGCAAUAGUAGAUUUAGUUUCGAGCCGUUGAGACAACAUGUCAAAGAGGGAAAUUCCCCUCGGAACUCACAGGCAUGAGGACUCCUUGUUUGUCAUGUACUCCGAGACAUUUUUCACUGGGAAUGUUAACAGUCACAUGGAAAGCUUUUGUGUGCGGCUCCGUUUUCAAUUUUAUUCACCAUCUUCUGAUGGCCAGAAAGCUUACAAGUAGGCCUACUGAAAUUUGCUGCCUCCGCGUGUAAUCUUCCUCAAUGUCCAGUUGACAGGUGUCAGAUGCAAUUUCACUUGAAAUCUUAAGUUAGACUCCUACUACCUCCGUGCUUCUGAAAUGAACCUAUUGUUUGAAGUUCUCCACUGAAGCAGAGGAAGAAGAAUAAAGUUGCCCUAUUUAAGUGCCUGAGGUCUGGGAAGAAUGGUUACCUUGGUUAAUCAACCCCUCAUCAUCACUUCUUUACUCCCCAGCCUCCUCUUCUCAACCCAAACCCGAACCCAUGGAUUUGACGAAAGAGCCAGAAGGGAGUUUGGUGAUGCAGGUGCCUGAAAAUGAAAAAGAGAUGGUCGCGGCCACCGAUGAGUUUUCCUCUUGUCUGGAAGAUGACGACGAUAGCGAGGGUGAACCUUCGACCGUGACUUCAGCCGACGUCGUAGCUCCCUGGAUGGCUGAAGAAGGCGAAGUGGCCGAUGGAGAGAAUGGCCUUUCGGCGUUGGAUUACACCGACGAAAAGGACAACGAAAGGCUCAAUUUCUUUUGGUUCGAUGCGUACGAAGAUUCGAAAAACCAACCUGGUGGGCUGAAUUGUCCUCCGCUUUCAUUUCUUCUUUACUAUCGCCAACAGUUUGGCUGAUAGGUUUUUUUUAUAGGAUUACCUACAAAGGCAUAUCGCUUCCACGUACUGCAUAAUUUGUUUUCCACGUUAUGAGAAGGAUAGGUUGGCUUUCUGGUUUCUCCUUUAUAUACUGCACCUGGCAUAGCGUGUCGACUAGCCGUUUGAAGUAUUUAAUGCCUUUAUCCUGAAAGUGCAAACAACUGGCAUAUUGUUAAAAAAGGGAUUAGUUUAUCGCAAUACUUGUAAGCACUUUAAAACUGAGGCCAGAAUGCAAAAUCCAGAGCUGGGCGCGUUGUUAGAUAUUUCGGGGAAGCUAAAACAAGGGGUCCCUAAAACAGCGUAGUCGGGGGAAACCUCAUUUGGUGUCCGACAACCUUCAGCUACGUCAUAGUACAGUAUCUGCCUGUUUCCUGUUAAUGAAUUAGCGAUCCGCCAGUUCAAUGACCAGCUACUGGCAACGCCAGUGCCGUGCUUGCUUAUUCGAGUUUUUGCUAGCCCGUUUUUUGCUAUUCCAGCCGUGGGGGAAGUGAGCCUAACGUUUGUAACGAUUGAGCACCCCAGUUCUCCAAAAUGUGGAAUAAUUACCAGGUUUCAGCACAUGUCUCCAUCUUGUCCUAUCUUUGCUUUAGAAACAUGACAAGUACUUAAGUAUGCCAAGCGGAUUACCGGGCUCUUGAAAUUGAGUCGCCCAUAUAAAUUGUCCUGCAUUAACACAGAAAACAGAUACUUUGCCAACCGAAACUGCACUGUUUCUCCUUUAUUCACGCUCGUUAAUUAUUGAUACUGUCUGCUGGCCACAUCCUCUGCUAAUGAAAAAAUUGAUGUUCUUGCGAUAAGUACGUGGUUCAAUGAUAAUGAAGUCGCUAUCUUCGCUUUUGUCCAGACUGUGGUUUUUAAAGAUUUUUUCCGAUAAUUGCGUCCAUUUCACAACAAGGGUGCACUCUCCAUUUUCCUUCCUCUAGCAGCCAGCUUCUUCUAAAAAUUGCAUUAAAAUGAAAUAAGUAGAAUGCACACGACGAACCUUUGUAAUCACAAACUCCGUCAGGGGUAGACGGCCUUGACGAACUUGUUCAGCCACAAUGCGCAAAUGCGUGUGGGUCUGGUCCAGUACCUGUUCACUUGGCUUGCCUAAGAGUAGGGCGUAAACACAGGCCCUGCCAACCUCCGCAGCAAGGCGACACCAAUCGCGACGCACAAUGUCCAGACCCUUCAACUCGGCCUUUGUGGGUGGGGGCGGCAAUGCGGCGACUGUGCCCUUCUGCUCCUGAGAGGACUGCUGCCGUGCACGUAGCUUUUCAGCGUACGUCAGGGGAUUGACGAUGGAGAGGGCUGCAUACUUCUUCUUGGCCAACAAAAGCAUCGCUGCAAAGACGCCAUCAGUAUCGAGUUCCACCAGGCGGAAGCGCCGGUUAACCUCGUGUUUUACCUUCUCACCAAUGGCGAGGGCAUUGAGCAAAUCUUUGGAGUUUGUGUUGACCAUGAUGGAGUCUGUGUCACCGUAAAUCACCCAAAGUGAAGGGUGUUGAAACGCAAUGAAGUAGGCAGGCAGAAGGAGGGAGAAGAGAGAAUAAAGGUAAUGAGAGGUGAAUAAGGCGUAGCGGCAACGGGAAAGAAGACGAGAAAGGAAAAUAGGGACGAGAAAAGUCUGCCGACAGUGGGAAUAUAGACCACACCGGUCGAAUGAUAUGGGAGCUAUAGAAGGCCCCAAAGUAGACCCAGGUUUGAACGGUGGAUUCACGUUCAUUUGCCGUCCUCAGCAAGCGAUAAUCGAGCUUUAAACCUGUCAACUUCGGGAAUUAAGUCCGCAUUUUUUUGCCUGGUCAAUUAUGCGCCUAUAGGUCACGUAAUAUUUGAAUACGUAAACAACUUGUAUACGUAAAGGGCAAUCCAGCAACAACAAAAUUGUGCUCACUGCAGAUUCUUUCACAAAGUUCUUCGUUAGUUUUGGCCUACCCUCUUACUCGUUCCUGUCAUCCCACGCUUUUCUAGGCUGCUGCACUUAUUCAUAUGCUUUUUUUAAAACUUAACUCCCUCACCAGUUGGCAAUCUUUGGAUGCCUAGGAAAAUCGCCUCUAGACCGUAAACUGAUAGAUGCUGAUCUUUUGGAUUAUACUUCUUUCUCGAACAUCUUGGACAACAGACAACUAGAACCAUGCGGAAUCUGUUACCAAGAAUGAUUCAACAAGGAUGCCCCGCACCUUUAGGCACCAGAAUCCAUCGGCAAGUUGGAUUAAAACACCGGUCCGUUUACUGUCAAUGGCGCUUUUGCAUCACCUGGCCAUUCCUCGGUUCUGCUAAUAAUUCACCGUCCAUUUGCUUUACUAUUCAUCCACUUUUUACUGACCAAAACUUUAUAUCCUGCUGAAAUUCCGGGACACUCAAGUUGCAAGCCUAGCCUCCUUGUCCUUAAUGAUGACUUUGAACUGAAAACCGUGGUCUUUUUACCUCGUCUUCUUCAUGAUAAGUACAUGGCUUUUUUACAUCUGCACAUAGGUGUCGUAUUCCUUUUUGGCAAAGUGCGUUCGAAGGAUGAUCCGAGCGGUUUCGUCAGUUGUUGCAUCCGUGUUAAGGACCUUGAACGCCGAUUAUUCUUUCUUCCGAGACCUUCUAUGGUGAGUUGUGUCUUCGAAUGCACAACUUUCCUUCACAAACCAACUUCCGUUUCAUUUUAUGGCAUCUGGUGGAGCCCGUUCGCGCGUACUGAGCCGUAGGGAAGAGGUCGUAUGCACUAGCUCAUGCCCCUCGUCCCUCCGACUGCACCAGAACUGAUCGACUCCCCACUCCUACUGCCGUACAUGCGUGUGACACUCCUUAGACGAAGACUUUCACUUCGCACCAGCCGCUGCCGCCCCAUCUUAUCACUAGUCGGCUGACAUAAUCGGACACUAUGCUUAUGCAUGGUAAAGAGAAGACAGAGGAAGGCCGUUAUUAAAGAGAAAUCCAUCCUCCUUGCCAUACUAAAUCGGAAACCCUUGACUCUGUCACGAUGCGCUAGCAAGCGUGACUUCGACAGUUGCCGACUGAUUGGGUAACGCGGUCCCAGUCAAGUCUGACAGUCGAACUGCGGUCACCCUUCACUACUUUGACAUUUAUUGCAAUCAUGUACAAUCCGAGCCCCAUCCAAUAUGUUGCCUGGUACGUAUUCCGUGAGGUACCAGGUCGUGCGUGACACGCAUAGAUGAGAUGAGAUGUUUUGAUUUGCCAGGCACUGCGCCCACCUUCCGUCGGUUUACAUGUUCUCGCCAUCCAAAUUUGGUGGGCGUGGGAAGAGAACGUGCAGCGCAGCUUCUCUUCACUGUUACGCGCAAGCCUCGUAGAGCAGUGGUGGACCUCGUGGUUCUUUGUGAGGUAUGAGCACUUAAACAUCACGCGUGGCUGAAAUUCGUGCAGCCGUAACUUGAGUAUUCUCUCCCAUCCAUUGACGGUAAACGCCCGCGCUCUCGAGGCCUAGUAGGCCGCAGAAGCGACCGAAUUUCUUCCUUUGUCACGAAUGAAUCAAGUUGUUUGACCACGGCAUAUUAAUAGCAUGAAGUAGUCUCUCGGACUUGCGCCAAAAAUUAAUCUGGUGUCACUUCCUUAUUCCACUUUUAUAGGCUGAACAAGAAUUUACAGUCAAGGACGUUUACCAGGAGCUCCGCGAAUUGACGGGAAAGUGGAAGAUUGGAAAGUUCAAAUGCAAGGUUAGGCGGUAGCUUGCAACAGAGUCAAUUGUAGCUUAUGCAUGUAUUGCUCGUUAUCUGCUAUUGCUAUUGUUUUCUAUGACGCCAAAGAUGUUUCCAUUGGUAAGCAUUCCUUUCCCUCCCUUGGUGCCUACCAUGCGUGCAUAAUUUUCCAAUCCCCUUAUCUCCCCCUCCUUCAGCCAACCAUCAAGAAGUAUGCUUUUGAGCUUGCCGAUGUGCCAUCGGAGGCAGAGUAUUUGGAAGUGCGCUACUCUGUCGCAUUCCCUGCCCUCCCUGCGGAUCUUUCUGGGCAAACCUUCUCUAGGGUAUUUGGCGCCAACACCUCCUUGUAAGUUGUUCGUUUUUAGUUUCCUUCCGCCCGACUUCAAUUUAAAUUUUGCUCCUAAUCGGUAGGAAGGAGUGUAUUCCUGGCAUUCACACUAAACUUACGUUUUCGAUAAGUUGACAGCGUCUCCCUUUGUGGCCAGUCAGUCGCAUCGCUUUUUAGCACGCGACAGUAUGCGGGGUCAAUAUAUUGACAAAAAGAGCGCAACCGCAUAUUCUCCAGUUUCUACUAACCCCGUCAAUGUGUCGCUCUGUUAGUUCCGUCUCGCGGUUUUGGUGAUCACUAUCUGCACUAUUUUCCAGGACCAUUUUAGCUACCAAAGGUAAUGCGGAGGAGGUGUUUGGGGGUAAAACGCGGGAACGGGGACCUCACCCCCGGUUGCGGCAAUACAGUUGGUCUUGCGCAAAAUUCCAGAAAGGUUACCUAUUCGCGUGUCGUGGCCCCAACACCAACCAUAACCUUUGCUCUAACCCUAAUCUCCCCGAAAAUUGGCGCAAGGUCCCCGGAAUACCAGGGGGGAGGGGGAGUGGGUUUCUAUUCUGUCGUACCGUCUUAUUCAGGAUAUUUACUUAUUUUUUUUCACGCACAAACAAUUUACGAUGGACUGGCUGUUGCAAGUAGGACUUCGCGCUUAGCUUCUACGCAACUUCUUCGGCUUUGGGUUCACCGUAAUUUCUAGUUGACUGAUGGCAAUGGGUUGCUACCAGUACGAAUUACCUGCUUGACUCUGCCAUAUAAUAUGGGACUAUUCAUGUGCAACUAAUGAUGUUAGAUUAAGGAGCGUGGGGCCUUUUGAGCAAUAUGCUCUUUACGUCUACCUGUAUCGGAUGGCAGUUUAGCCAUAACCCGAACCAUAUCGUCAACCCUACUCUCCCUGCAUAUUAGCAGAAGACCCCCAGGAAUAAGGGGGGAGGAUUGGUGGCCCACAAACGAGUUUUCAGGAAUUUCCUUUGUUUGUAAACCGAACCAAGGUAGACUCUCCACCUCCUCCUCCUCCUCCUCCUCCUCCUCCUCCAAUAUUUCAUUUAAAACUUUACUAAGAAGUUGUACGUAACCAGACAAAGAGGAUUAGAGGGGUCAUUUCUGGCUUCCAAACCGGGGCAAGCAGAUAAGAGGUUCGGAUCCGCUUCAUUUGGUAAACAAGUACUCGAGUCAACCACUCUAUCACCUAGUUCACAGGUCCAUGUAAUACAAAACAUGACCGGAGAUAUUCAAAGUCACAUGGGAUUGGCGUUCAUUAAAACAAAACGAGGUCGUCCUCACUUCAUCCCACAGUCAGGGCAUAUCGGCGGACACAUGAGGAAUGCCAUGAUCUAUAGGUUUCAUUGACUGAAGCAGUUGGUCUAUUGCAGAAUUUGAAAGAUGGUCUUGUGUGAUGUCGUUAAUAAAAAAAAACUAUCAGCCCGUUAAUUUUCCGCUGUAUUUUUUACUCAGCCUGGAGAACCUAAUACUCGACCUUCGUUUGCGCGGACCCUGUUGGUUGGAACUAACUGGGGCAGGUAAGUUGAGUCUGGGUUUACUUUUGUUUGCGCUCUCUUACUGCCAAAAAUGCUACCGGCCCUGAUUAGUUAAAUCGACUGCCCCCGUUUGCUUCUUAGACUGCAGCCAGGACAUUAAUAGCGGUAUCGUACAAGCUACCGGCAACAUUCUGCCCCCCGACGACCUUGCUUCAGUCAGCUUGCACAUUUGAAGCAUGGGGGGAGAAGUCCCCUCUGCCAUCUGUACUGACCUUGGGGGUGUAUACCCUCUUGCAUUUUAGAAAAUGACGUUACUGGAAGCUGUGGAAACUGCUAUCUGAACAGCCUAUGCCUUGAGAACGUGAGAGAGGGAGGUCACAAGAUUGUCGUUCAUCCGCCAGAUGUGACGCAAGUCACGUCAGGUGUGGGGGGAAUGACUUCUCAGCAAUUAGGUCAGAGUGAGGAGGGUCGAAAUUGUCAUUGAAGAUCCGGUUACCAAGGUGUUAUGCCGUUGCAAAAUGUUGUCGUACUGUGGUAUCAACUAGAAAAAGAACCAAGAGACACCGCCAACAGAAGUAAUGCAGACGAGACGAGGACUGAAAGAAUGCCCGAGAGCAGCAAAAGAUAAGGGAGAGCAUACGCGCAUCUGUAAGCCUUCACGUUAUUGGCUAGUGGUGUAAUAGAUAAAUGUUGACGUCGAAUGCAAAGGUAGUUUACGAAUCUUGUCAAAAGUGGAUUCGACAUGGUGUGAGAUUGGAGGAAUGAAAGACAGGCUAACACCAAGGGGCAUGUCAUAGGAUUCGGGAAUGGGAGAUGGUCUCAGUCGAAUGGCACACCGAACUGACUUCCAAUUAUUACGUAGAAGACCGUUUUGUGACGGCCAUGCUCAGAUAUGAUGCAAGCCAAUCUUAAGGGGUUGGAGCUCGACCUUGUUUCUGACAGAAUAACUAACAUGAAUGUCAUCAACAUAGUAGGUGUAUAAAAAAUCUAUGAAUAGCCCCAGAUCCUCGAUAUGAAACGAAAAAAAGGGAAGAUAAGAUGUAACCCUAAAAUAUUCCACGACUACUAGGACAAACAAGGGGUUUGUAGCUGUCAGACCAAACAAACUAACUGCGGAAAGAGAAACAAUCUUAAAGCCAGGCGAAGAUGCAACCGGAAUAGCCACACUCGGAUGUUUCCUUUAGGAUAACGUGAUGCGCAGAGCAGAGGGCUAAUCAAGAAGUGCUCAUGCGUACGCAAGACAACUCUUGUGUUCGUCUCGCACAUCCUAGUGGAUCACAAGUGCAAUGAAGUCUAUAUUGCUGCAGCCUGCUUUAUAUACUUAAUAUAGGGAGACCACGAGUUCAAAAGAAAAUACGAAAAAGCGACAGGCCAGAAGGAUUUAGAGUCAAAGUUAUUAGGUUUUUUAAGGGUACGAGCGAUUCCGACAAUGUCAAUCGCAAGGCAGCUUAGGUACCUCGAGAGACAGGUCAGUUUAUUAAAACGGGUGCAGAAUUCAAGGAAAAGUGGUGGGGGACUAACUGAUCCAGCAGUUGUUGACGUCUCCCAGAUGCUUCUCGAAUACAUACAUCCACCGACACAGGACACAAGGCACGUGGUGGUGGUGGAAAGUCGUUUGGCGAAAUAUUGGGCUAACUGGCAUGAGAGUUAAAAUGUUGACUUACUGUCUUUAAGUCUUCAUUUACGUAGACUGUUGCUGUUCGUUGACCAGUGGCCAGAUGCCUCCAAAUACCCGGGGAAGAAUAGGAAAAAGAUGUGGAAGUGGAAGGAAUGCUUGCCAAAUCGGUCGUCUAGCCUACCGAUUUCCCACUUUUCUAACACCUUAAGUUUCUUCAGGCCGCCACACAGGCCUUAUUUUUAGAGAGUUUCCCCCUGGUGUUGUAAACCCUUGGGCAGAGGGACGGACAACCGAUUUCAAGGAUUUCAUUUGAAAAUGUGAGAUAGAGCAUUGGUACACAUUUGAAAGUUUAAAGUGAAUAAUCGUAGAAUGCAGAAGCAGACACAUGUUUUGGAGACGUCGCAAAGCGUCUUUUUCUGCUCAGGUUUGGUUAACACUGCCUGUUGAGGAUGUAAAUAAAUGUUGCCCGACCUAAUGUGAUAGAAUAAACUGAAAGGUAUCUGCAAUGGACAGCAGGUUUUUCGGUCGACACUCAAGUGCGAAUUGCCACCCACGGCCGUGCUUUUUAACGUAGAUACUUUUUUACCAAUUUCCAUUGAAAAAGAUAGGGAGGACUCAUAGAUGCGAUAUAUCUACUGCAAGUUGCGGCUGUCGGCAUAAUAGACCAUCCUGGAUGAAUCCGCAGCUCCUUAAGAUCUCUUGGUGGCCAUCCGGUGAGGAUGUUUUCACAUCCAAAUCUCUUGGGCAAAGUGGGCGUUAACCUAGCCCUAGAUUUCUGGAUACGCAGAGGUUUCUCUCCUGAGUAAAUAGCCUUUCGUCGUUGUCUAAGAGCAAACUUUACCCACUUACAUCACCCCAAAUAUCUCCCUGGCUACUCAAUUUGAUACAUGCUAACGUGGUCUGGUCGCGUCGGUCAUGCCCUGAAUCUCCUUACGUCGUAUUUUUGGGAGGUACGAUAAUGAAUGCCUUUCAACUCUACUGUAGAUUUAACCUUUUUGCAUCCUCGCAUGUUCAUUCCUUAUCUCCCGCCCAAUUGGCAGCUUCAUUCGUACAGCAAGGCACGUGCUCAUAUUCGCAUGAAGUUGCCUGCAUAUGUUGAUCACGACCGGGUUGCUACUGACUUCUGAAAGUAGUUACGUUUUUGUGCUAAGCAUCAAACCCCGGCGAACAUUGACCACUAUACAUAAACCUGUUUCCUUGUGCUUAGAAACGUUAACUUCAUCGAAUCUGCGUUCAUAAACCCCUGUUUUAUUCAUAUACCGAGGCUCUCUGGCCUUCUAUUGUUAAAAAAGUCCUGGUACCAUGUUAACUACACCCUCUCUAAAGGGACACCCAGGUAUGUGUGAUCAGCGGAACUGUGAUGCUUUCUGCAUAAAAGCGGUGACUAGAGAUCUUUGUGUGGAAGUGUGGUAGGACCCUCUUAUAAACUUUCGGUCUCAAUGUGAGCGAAUGUUUCAAUAGUCAUCGUUUAGGAUUCUUUCAUAGAUCGGGGUUUGACGACUCUCCACAGACCUUGCUGUUGUAGUCGUUACGAAACUUUUCUGUAAGCUCUUAAGCAAAACAGGUCGCCUAUUCUCUCGUGUCUGCUAUUCCCCUCUGAACAGCCGAUUCCCCAGGGCAUUGAGUCGUGAAUGAGAGGGCUGGUUAGGUCCUGAGACGAGAAAGCUUACUACUGAACGUCCCCAUUAGUGAACAGGUCAUUUCAAAACGCGAUUAAGGUAGGAACUGGAGGAACAAGGUCCUGACGACGAAACAGCCGGGGGCAAUCGUUAGAAUUCCAGACCCCUCAGCCACAUAAAUCAGUUAGAACCCAGUCGACCUAUUCUUUUUUUAGCUGACGGAGCUUCUACUCCACAAUUCGUGAAGACUUAGAUACCCUCCUCAAAUCAUAUGAUUAAUUAUGCUCCAUGCACUCGAUGAAGUUGCCAUUUUGACUAUUAUAAAACUAGGUCGUUGAGGUAGAAACCAACCUAAGUAGGCAGAAAUAAGAGGCCAGUCUCCGUACCUCUAUCUGCCAUUUUAACGCCUCUCUUCUCGCCUUCUUUGUAGUGCCCCUCCAGCCACAAAUAAGCUGGUGCAAGGUAGACUAUGACUUCUCCUACCAGAAACCCAACAGUAUAAUGAAGCUGAGCGACGCGAUUAGGGCUCGCGCGCCUGCCGCUGACGAUACGCGUUUGCAGUCAUUACCACCACCCCCUCUACGACUGGUUGCGUUGGAUAUAAAAUCGGUUGUCCGUCGCGAGACCAACUCCUCGGAGGUUAGUUUCCUUUUUAAGACGAGAAAGUUGAUAGCUGUCCACCUCCCCCCCUCCAUCGUAUCGAUACUUUUUUUUCGCUAAUGCAGUGAGCUAACAGCCAGGCCUCACUGAAGCGGGCGCGCAAUCCCAGACUAACCAUACUGAAGACAAAGAUCGCCUUUCAAGCUCUUUCUAAAAGCCCCAAAAUUGUUUUAGGCGAAAAAAGUGGAGCUGACUUUUCGGGCGACUGGCAUGUUUGAUUUAAAACUCUUCUGUCAGUGAAGGCGACUCUAUACCCUUUUAAGCAAUACCAGAGGGCCACGGCAAUGAACAGUGUUUUUUCGGUUUUAGAUAAUCGCCGUUGGCCUUUUAAUCGACAACCAUUGUUACCUUGAUCAGCCAGCGGGCUCAAAGACGUUCCAGUCACACUACCUGGGUAAGUUCCUCCUGCGGACUGCACACAUCCCUAGACUCUUGUGCCCCACUGGUUUGCCUCUAAUGCAACUACUUUGUUUAAAGUUUUGGCAAAAACGGUCGUCAGGGUAGACAGAUUUCCCGAAAAAGAGGCGGGUUUCCCGGCGUUAUGAAUGCUGCUCGGAGACUUUGGAUCUUUCUUGUUGAUGGUUCCAUUCUUCGGGUGGACGAUUGUUUUGCUCAUCUUGCACCUCCAUUUUCCAGUUGGAAAGUAUACGAAGGCACUAGGCGCUCAUCGCUUGCCCAUUUCUGGGUCAAGAGAUUCAAAGAAAGGGGCCACGGUCAGAAUCCUUCUGUCUUACAUGUCAUCCGUGCCCCUGCUGGCACCUCCGGAGAAUCCCGUGAUUGUACCUGUUGACGGAUCACUUGACCAUAGACUGGUGCGCCGUUCUUAGAGUGACCGACAGUUGCCUGUCAGCUGGUCAUGCCCCUGACCCCAGCUUACAAAUAUCCAUUGCUGGAAACUGGGAGUAUACAAAGUCAUGGUAUUCGCAGACAUAUCCUGAUUUCUCGGCUUUCUAUUUAGUCUUAGACCUCUUGUCAAAUGCCUCGCAGGUGGCCUCCAGUGCAUUUGGUCGGCCGACUUGUGAACAUCCCUGGCGUAGAAAAAAGUUUUGCCACCACAGUGGCACUCGGCUCCUGAAGACCGCUUUGGCAUUCUGAGGUUUACGUGUCCCACCUGUCUAGCUUCCACUCCUUCCCAAAUAAUUCCUUCGUUUACUUCUUUUCAUUGGCAACAGUAACCAUCGUCCCAUUACGCCUGACUUCCAGCUGGCGGAAAGUGGAAGGUGACAAGUCAUCAAUUUCUCUGAUUCACCUCCAUUAUUCGUCAAUGAACAGUUUUUGGAUGUCACUGUAUAUUAUUGCGGUUUAGAUAGCCAGUCACUGGAACCAUUUGCUUUUGAACUAGUGCAGGAUUACAUCGUUUUUUAAAAGAAAUAAGUAGUGGUCUGUCAGUGUCUUUUUCUUUUGCAUCCUCCAACGGGACACUUGCACCGUCUUUCUUUCCGUUCCUAGUUUUGUCUCCACCAAAGGGUUCCGUGCUGCCCUACGAUCUCUCCAAGAAGCUGCCCACUUGGGGUGCACAGUAUCAGCCACCAAAGUCCGUUGCAGCCACCGGCGACACCAACAGCGCUUUUUCCGGUGGCGUGGACAUCGAGCCGAACGAGAGGGCCCUCCUAGGGCGUCUACUGACACGCAUCCAUCGCCUCGAUCCAGACCUCAUCGUUGGCCACGAUCUGUGGGGCUAUCAGCUGGACCUUCUUCUACAUCGCCUUAACGCUCAUAAGGUCCCACACUGGCACAGGAUUAGCCGUCUACGAAGGUCGGCCGGCUAUUCCAUGAUCUUUUCACGGGUAGGUCUUCACGCAUGUCUGGUUAGAAGGGCUGACCGUUCACUGUAACAUUCCAAUUCACCUGCUGGAUCUAUUUGGGGCGGGAGUAUGCCACUUCGUUGAUAUCGGCCGAAAAAGGUGCAAAAAGUGCUCACCGCAGUCUCGUUUCUGCCGCUAGCCGUCUGGCCGAUCUAGAGUGUCCAUAUCCCGUCUUGCGAUCCGGAUAGCUUGGGGAGGGCCACUCUCAUGUGACUGCGUACUCCAACAGCCGACGGGGGGGGGUCCGUAGUUUAGCCUUUAGGGUGUACAGCCCAAUGCUGCAAUGGACCCCGAUUUAAAUCACUGAUUUUCUCAGCCUGGAAUUGAGGUGUGGCCAGCCGAUGACGUCAGACGUGUUACCAUCCAACUCUUCCUUGCAUUUACCUGUAAAAAUGUCUGGAUCUGUGAAGCAUGGCAGAGUUCAGUAUUGGUGUUCAGGACCGGAAUCAAUAUCAGCAUCUGAGUUGGAUGUUAACAGCUGCAGCAUACUCACCUAAUAUUCACUAAUGCCUCACAGGCUUAUCAAAUUUGUUCUUUUUGCCACCAGCAAUAGCGUUUUAGCGUCAUUACAUCUUAUACUACGCCGAGUUUUGUUGAAUGGUCGCCUAGGUAAAGUGCCUAUCUUCUAUACACACUUCCUGAUAUCUGGAAGUACUACAGUAUGUGACUUAACUUAUGCCACCUGAUUACAGAAAUUGAGAUGACCAUUUUUAGGCACAUAAAACGUACAACUAGCUCAUUCCGGAAAGUGUCUUUGUGCAAAGGACAGUCAGUGACCUAACUCAUAAAAGGUGUCGAAAUUUACGAAUGAUUGCUAAUCCGUCGCCAACCGACACCAAUGCGUGGACCAGUAAAGAACAUCUUCAAGGAAAUUAAAGACGUUAAAGAAAUGUUAAAGGUAGUAUUGCGUUGUUUAAAAAUACUAAUUUUUUUUAGAAAAGCGGCAAAUUCUGAAAACGUCAAAAUAUUUGUAAUUGUGUACAUUUCAGUUUUAUGUGUACAGAAGGCCUGUCCAUGCAAAACAUUGAGUAACUAUAACAGCACAAAUAUACUAAUAUCCGAAAAUAAUAUUUUAUUGCAGUUUACAUCUAAAUGUCCUUUAACGAUUAGUGUAAUUUCAAGUAUGGGGGUUUGCCAACAGCCUACAUUCCGAGUAGAGAUUCCAAAACGGUCUUCCGAGGAUUCGUGAUAUUCCUUACGCUUUUCAAUUGAGUGAGAUGCGGUUUAGUUAGGCCAACGGGAUAUUGCUUGAUUUCGCUGAUAGGGACGUCAAGGAACAAGUUUUCAUAAGGGCACAUGUUGCCAGGUGGGUCAGUGACUAAUAUAUUCAAAUAGAAUUGGCAAGUGUAAUUGUAAACAUGGCAUUUUUUGUAUAUAACGAGAACUUCCUCUGUGAAGUUAAUUUGCACUUUAAGUUUGUUUUGUAUCACGUUGGAUUUCAAAUCGGCCUUGAAAUGUCGCUGAACACUUCAUUAUUUUCAGUGUUAUGUGUUCGUUAAUAUCUUUAAAAUAAGACACCUCUUGAAGAUAUUUACUGAAGUGGUGCCUAUUUAGGCGUUCUUUUUCAUGCAGAAGGUAGUUCGGGGCACAUUUGUGGACUCACCCAAACGGGAAACCACAUCGUUAAAUAAAAUGAACGUCCAUAGCAAAAGUCAACAACGAAUAUUCUUCCAGUCAAUUAGAAACGGUUGUCAUCCAAGUUAGCUUUUCAAGGAGUGUUUCAGUACUGCAUUCCGUCGACGGAUGUCUGUGUACUUUACAUUUUUGCACGAUUAAACCGAGAAAAAAAUUUGACACUUGGCCGUUUCUUUUUACGCUGCUAAAAAAUACUGAUAUUUUGCUACCGAAAACGGAAGAAACUACCCUUCUCUUUAUAUUGCGUCCAUUUUCAAUAUCUUUGCUCACUGUUAGACUCCGUUCUACGAUUAUAAAUGUAUGGCGGAGUGGCCGUAAAAAUACAGAUAUUUUGCUGAAACUGUUAAUGUCUUGUUCCUUCCAUUUCUAAAUUACGUACAUGCAGAAAGUAGACCGAACGAAAAUCAGCGGACCCGUGCCCCAGUGGCUAGAGGUCGCGAGUUCGAGCCUCAGGUGUUCCAUACUUCGGGGUUUGAUAUGACUGGCUGACGACGGCUAAUAAGCCAGAAAUGGUCAUUCCAGUCGCCCUUGUCUUUGUCGGUAAUGGCAUUCUGCCUGUAUCAUGCGCCGCUGUGCGGCUGCUGGUUGGGCUCGAGAGAGAGAGAGAGUCCGUAAGGCACAACGGAACGAGUCAGUUCCGUAAGAACGAUCGGUGAGCGCCCCCUCUGCCAAGGUCUAAUGCGUUCAGAUCAGAAAAUGACUAUCUGGUAAUAGUUACUUUGAUGUCAAAACAGAAUUUUCCCACUGGCAAAACCGUUAGCUCAUUUAAAGGAAGGAUUGACUGCGUGUCUUAUUACUGCACCUCAGGGCACCAAAGCGACCUUUAAAGAUCGAUAAAGCGCCGGGUCCCCCAACAAUAACCUGUUGUUAGCAGACUGAUUCCGAACACAAUCGAUUUUCAAGUACGGCAAGUUUAAAUCUCGAGUUUACUCAUUGGGCAGAAAUUUUCACGCUUUCAACAUCGAACUCUUGAGAAAAUUAUUAUUUCUAUCCAGUGCAACAGUGCUUCCACUAUUUUGCGUUUUCAUCUAAGUAGAAGCCGUUUAUUAUUAGUUCGGCGUUUUGAUGGACGCAUCUGAGCUAGUUUGCGACUAAUGAUUUUUCGUUAAUCUGAACGUUGCACCAAGGCUAGUUGCCAUAGCAAAGGAUUGUUUGCCUCAAUGAGUUUUGAUUUUCUGAAUUUCCCCGUUAACACGCAUCGAAAGUGUGAAAGCACUUCCGACUUGAAUGAAGCUAAAACAGACAAUUCUGUUGCGUCCCUUUGUAGGGCUGGUUCGUGCGCAACGCCAUGCCUGGUCGCCUUGUCUGCGACAGCCGGGUCUCUGCGAAAGAGCUCAUUAGGUCACGUACAUACAACCUCAGUGAACUGGCGCACCAAGUGUUGCCUUCAAGUCAACAACAGAAACGCCAAAUUCCGCCCUCUGUGCGUGCCCAGUUCUCACAGUCGGUUGUCGCCAGCGACAGUAGUGGUAGCAGCCAAGAAUUCCUCUCGGGCAUUGACCUGGAAGUAGAUUCAGCUGACCUGCGCUGCCUCUUUGCCUCGUCUGCCCAUGUCAAGGACCUAAUUGACUUCUGCCUCUCGGACGCUCUCCUCGUGCUGCGACUUGUGCACCAACUGCAGGUACCCCAGGCCUCCUCCUCCUCUCACUACAACCACCACCACCACAAUCACUACACUCUUACAUUUCCCAAGUUUGCUCUUCGUCAUUUUGACACUAGAAACUUUUCAAUGUGUCAGAACCCUGACGUCCCCGUUCCUUUCAAUUGGAUCCAUAAUACUUAUGACUUUCACUAGGCCCAUCCUCCGUCACGUGGUUCUAUCACAUCAGUUGGUUUUUAACCAAAGCUACGUCUAAGACCGCCUCAUCACAUCCUACAACAGUAUGGCACGAUUCCGUUUUUCAGGCUUCUGGAUACCGCUACCACUUGGUGUUGACACCCCGUUAUCGGGACGACUUAUGAUGUAUGUUUGACAGUGGAAACCCACUGACUCACUCUCUGGGCCUUGAUAUACAGGCACGCCCUGUGGGAUAUCUCAGCUGACAGAUCAACCGAGGUGCAAGUUUAAUGUGGUUUCCUUCAAAGACAAUUGCAAAACCUGUCGGGAAAUCGAACUUAGGAUGGUUGUAGCGAAUCGUUCUCUAGCCAUGCAUUUGAGAAUUGAUUCCUUUGACGUCUCUGUUUUUAUCUGAAAGCUACUCGACGCCCGGUUAUUUGUCAAAGUGUGUAUUACUGGCAAGUAUAAUUGCUGUGCACAAUAUACGCUCCUCCAACGUCUGCAGAAGUGGCUAGCAGUACAGACAUGUGAAUGACUCGCUUGCUACAUUCUUAUCACUUAUAGGCUGGGGCAUUCGAAAAUUUUGGGUGUAUAUUAGAAACUCGGCAUAUGUAGUGAGCUUUCUAACCAGAUGACCAGCUAGACGAUCGUUCUCACUGCUGCCUACUUAUAGACAUUUCUGGCAAAAGAUGGCAGUUUUAACUUUGCUCAAAACGCAGAACCAUGUGUUAGACACGAUUGCUUCCUAAAAAUGUGAAAUUUCUAAAGCAUAUUGCAUUUCGGGGGUGACACCAGCUAGCCAUGCUGUCAGCGCGAUGAACACAAUGCCGGGAACCAAACUGGGUUUACUCACCUUGAUCAUUCCGAAGCGUGCCCCGCUUCCUUAUGAUGUUUGCUUCCACACACAUCAUUUUAAACGUUGCACCAUAUAUUAGAACUUCUCGCAUAAUAAACCAUUUUAUCUGCCCGUAUAAUUUCCGAUGUCGUGCCAGGGUCCAAAUGGCGUGUUUUGCAUUUUUUUGAGUUCAAACAACAAAUAAGGCUCGCAAGUUAUUAAACGUAGCAGAAUCUCACACACCAUCCCGAGAAACUAUACGUCGGUUUGUUUUUUAGUUUUGUGCAACAAGUAUAAAGUAAAAAAAACACGUGGUUCUCCAAUUCGAACAAGCACUGUUUACGAUCUCGUCUGGCUGACGACCAUCUCGUUGAGUAUCAUUCGAUAAAGCCAGCUUCGGCCGAUUGCGUGGUUCAACCAGCCAGGUCUUUCGUGGAACGCCACAAGAUCUCAAGGCCUGACCAACUGACUCCCUUUCGUCGUAUGUUUCGCAGCUUUGUUUUUGACCUCGGCACAAGUAGAUAUAUCCUGUUUCCUGUGCCAUUUAGGGUAGUGGGAGGAACGCCACCUCCGGCCAUAUAAAACGGUUUCAGACUCUUAUGCGAGGGAAAACAGAGGCGUCCCUUUCCAUCCUGAAGUCUGGAUAACCCAAUGCAUGCCAUUCCUAUGUGGCUGAAUUAUUCCUGGUCUCAUACGGCACGCCAUGCGACCAUAGCGCAAUGGAGGGCGGGUUGCUCUGUAGUAAACUCACUUGAGUCUAAGCCACAGUUGUGCAACCGGGGUUGCUUCAUCGAUGGCAAGGAAACCUGGAGAGGUCCAUUUCACUGUCCGUGUCUUCUUCGUAAGACUUUUUCACUAUUGGUCGUCAGUCGUCAUGCGAUCGCUUGCGUGGGCUGCAGAGCCCCAGCCACACGACAAAGCGGAAAUGCUCUCAUGCGUCCUGAAGGAUACCUGCCUGCCCUCAGCUCUUGUUCCUGAUCACUGUUGAAUUGAGAAGGCGAUCUUUCUACCAGCAACACUUCAUGCUGAUCGCGGUUAUUGGUCCUCGUUGAGCGAAAAAUUGCUGAUUUCCUCUCUGAUUUGCGCCUUACUGUACAUGCAAGUUUUCAUGCCACCCAUCCCCUAUUUCUAAUGAUUAUUCCUAACCAUGAAGGCGCUUCCGCUAGCCAAUCAAAUUACGACUAUCUGCGGCAAUGUGCUGAGUCGCACUCUUGCUGGCGGUCGGUCGGAGCGCAACGAGGCCCUUCUAUUGCAUGCUUUCAACGAGCAGGGCUACCUAGUGCCUGACCCGCCAGGCUUUGCUGGCCCUGCUGCGAAGGGCAAACGUGGUAGCAGCCAUCACGACCAAGACACGCUCGCGCAAGAGACGCUGGUUGAAGGGGAAGAGAACGCUGCCGGUGGUGGUGGUGGUGGGCGUCGUAAACCCGCGUACACCGGUGGUCUUGUUUUGGAGCCGAAAAAAGGUGAGUCCUCCCUUUUCCAUGCCCGUAUUCGAUUAGACUUGGGACAGCAAGGAUGGACUAACCGAUCGGUAAGGGUUUCAUCAAUUGACCACGAAUAAACUUCUGUUGAGGCCAAGUGGGACUGGGCAUGUAGGCUAAUUAUAAAAAUGUGUAGGGAAUGGAUAUAUAUACUCCCUUCCCUGAGCUGUCUUCCUACAAAGGGUUGGACACGAAAACAUGGACUGCUCGUACUACAUUGUGGCCUUGCCCUGAAUUCUAGGGGGCGUCUUUCCUUGUGUCUUAACUUUAGCCCUAGCCUUUAAACUAACCUUCCUAGCCCUGGUCCUAAAAAUCGCCCUGACACUAAGCCUUAGUCAUGUUCUAACUCCCUUGAAAUUUAGGGCAAGGCCACCUGUAAUACGGGAAUCCAUAUUCCCGUGCCCAACCCCACAAAGUGUCUUUUUAAUCUACCAAAGGAAGUUUUCAGCGCAAAUAUGUUUUUUCCCUUUUGUUUACUAAAAUGGCACAUUUCCUCUUCUAAAAGACCCCGUAUUACCACCAUACCCGCACUACAGUUGGCCUUACUCUUUAGUUCAUAGGGGGAGACACGCAUCUGUUUCCGCCCAAAAACUGAGCCAACACUGAAAUGGCACAUUUCCUCUCCUAAAAGACCCCGUAUUACCACCAUACCCGCACUACAGAUGGCCUUACUCUUUAGUUCAUAGGGGGGACACGCAUCUGUUUCCGCCCAAAAACUGAGCCAACACUGAAUCUUUUUCAUAGAAUGUUUUGAAAAAUUCCACCUAAGCCAUCCAUGUUUUUUGCCGGUUGUCCCACUGUCUGUCCGUCAGGACACUGAGUUCCUUUCGCAAGUACUCACGUUUUUAUUUGAAGUCGGAUUAAUUAGUUUCCUAAGUCAUACCAUAAGCGCCUCCCCGUCUUCUCCGUUUUAGGCUUCUAUGAUAGUUACAUUCUUCUGCUGGACUUCAACUCUCUCUACCCGUCCAUCAUUCAGGAGUUCAAUCUGUGCUUCACAACUAUGGAUCGGUCCUUCCUAGCCGCCACUUCCACAGAAGACGCCACACAGUCAGUACGUCAACAUAUAAGGCUUUCGCCCUCUUUCUCCCCCCUCCCGGGUUUUACUCGUGUUUCCUGCCCUAUGAAGUCUCACCUGCUCUGCGGGAACAUUACUCAUUGAGGCCCUCUUGACGGAUUUCCAAUUCGAAAAUUCGGCUGAACGAUUGAAUUAUGAAAAGCAUUACAACGGAAUCUGAGUGCCUACGUCGUUGGUGACAUUGCGUGUCGGAAUGGAUUGAUGGCGGCGUGUAAACCGGGACUGAUAGUUCUUUUAUCCUUGGUCUUUGUUGGCCACGGUUCCCUAAUAUCCCAGGGCAUAAGAUCCGAUUUCGAUCGUGCGGGACAUGCACAUAUUGUUAGCACAUGUUGGACGGAUGAGAUCGACGAUCGUAGGCCUAUACGCCACCGAAAUACUUUGCCAUAGAGUAUUAAGCCACCUUCAUAGCUGUCCCCUUCGCCGCAUCCAGUAGGUCGGCGUCGAGCGAGGGCAACAGCACCAAAUUUAUGCGACAACCAACAUGCCCAAGUCACCACACUUGUCGUUUUUGCGUGGGCUUGGAUGUCAUUGCGAUGUCAUCACAUCGAAUGUGAAAUGCCCCUUUCGAUGCAAAGUUUUCGCUCGUCCUCUAACUCUAGUUCACCAUUUAGUACCAUGAGGAAAGACUGUCGGGGUAGGAUGCCUGAUGUACGCGAGGCGUUUUCGGGACGCAUUCCUUCUUGGUAAAUCAAAGCAAUAAAUCAGACUGCCUCUGUGGUAGGGCGUUCUCCAGACCACUUUAUUUGCGCAAGCAUAUACACGGAGAAAUAAAGCACACAUAGGCUACCAUGCUUUUGCGAUAAUUAUGUGUUCCAAUAAGAUUUGAAGAUCUAUGCAGCACUUGGAGUUACAACCUUUGAAGACGUAUCCAGCGUUGAAUAUUCAAGAAGACCAUCUGUAGCUUUUGCCUGAAUGCGCGCUUAUAUGUUCAAGUGGCGCAUUCCGACCUUCGAUGACCAAUGGCAAUGACGCUGCUAGUCUGUGGACAUGAUCACUCCAUUUAGAGUAGAUUGAGCAUGCCGGAAGAGUGCGCGUUCUAUUAUUCGCCGUGAUUUAUCGUAGGCAAGACAGAUGCACUGCAGAUCUGCUUCACUUUAAACAUGUUUACGAGAGUUGUCACUAAACCCGCGGAACAUUGGUGGACAUCGUCAUUUGCGACUGUCGGACUAACGCCAACGAAUUCUAACGUCCAAUGGAGUCAUUGUGAUGUUUUUUGAUUGCUCAAGGUGCUAUCAUUGGGAACCUAUCAUUGGUGUUGCUCUGACAGGAUAAUUAGUCUUUCAAUCUGGAUCAAUCUUGAUGUAUAAUAUACCUCUCCUGUGCCACCGCCUGGUAGGACCCUAAACUGAAAUAAGAAGGCCGAACAGAGCGUCUGUAUUCCACCCUGGAAUGUAGACUAAUCGGUAAACAGUACUCUCACGUGGGUGCAUUUUGGAUUCGAUAAUAGCCGUCCGUGUCUUAUAUGCGAUAUGAACUGCUUUAAUUUCAGCCUCAAAUUUGGCAACUGUAAGUGUUAUCUUGCCCAUACAGAAAUUUGAUAAUCUGUUACUGCUGAUCACACAUAGAACGCUUUUUCUUUUUGAAUGAGGGUCUCUAGCUAGCUAUGCCAAUCUGCCGAUUCUUUAUCCGUGACCCUUUUGAGGCUUUGCAACUCCUUGGCUAAGGCACAUGGUUUAGAGACCCGAACUAGCAAGAUCGGAAAUUCAGUCGGCUAUCAGAGUUUGAGUUCUCACGAUCAACUAAUUUUCAUACUGGCUGUGAUCAUUUCCUUGUUUUCCUCCUUCACUUUCUCCUCCUCCAAAUCUUACCAAAACCAUGUGAACAUCCUCUUGUAUUUCGCAUUUUUACAGACGGAUAGCCAAGACCUUAUCUCAGCUCUAAUUGCUAGUGUCACGUCUGGGGGCGGUGGAGACAGUACUGCUGUCAAUAACGAUAAUCAGAGCCGCCUGCCCACCAGUCGUGCUUUGGGUAUUUUGCCGAUGGAACUGCGUCGCCUCGUGGACAGUCGACGCGAAGUGAAGAAGCUCAUCGCUGCGGCCGGGGAUUCCGAUGCUGUACGCUGUGCCCAGUGGAACAUUCGCCAGAUGGCUCUCAAAAUCACCGCAAACAGUGUUUACGGCUGUCUGGGGUUCGCCGCUUCUCGCUUCUGCGCCCGCGGCUUGGCCGCCCUGGUCACGGGUCUGGGCAGAGCCCUGCUCGUUAACACUCGCGACAUCGUGGAGAACAUGAACUAUGAGGUGCGUUCCCUCUCGCGCCCCAUGAACUACUGUUAAUAAGCCAGAAAUGGCCACUCCAGCCCCCCCUUCUCUUUGUCGGUAAUGUUAUUCUAAUUACUAUUCUCUCAUUAAUAUGCCAUGUGGUGUAACUGACGGAACUUUGGAUCUGCAUUUCUCUAUUUUGUGCACUAGCGUAAACCACACACACUUGCUACCUGUAAUAUUCCUUGUUUAUCAACCACCAUCAACGAAGUUCUUAGCAGAAUCUUCUUUGUCUCCAGCAACAGCCAUGGCUGCCUAUGGUUGUUGUGUUAUACGUUGUCUGGACAAUGUUAAACAACCCACUCGGGGUCUCCUCGCGUACCUCGAAGGUAACCUUGUAUAUGAUCCAAAGCCACUCAUAUGAUACCUUUAGGCCUUGGUGGCGGCACGCGAAAUCUAAUUCACGACCUCUUAGUAUAGGGACUAAAUUCUUUACUCAGCUUACGGUUGGGGUUUAGUCGGUGUUCAUGCUGUUAUUAUCACCAUUGUUAUGACCCCACAUGGUACACAACAAUAGCACCAGUUGUAUGCGUGCUUGACUGUUGUCCCAACCACUAACACAGCAGAGAACCAGAACGCGGUCGGCCAUGACAAAGUGUAUUCAAACCUGCAAGUCUUCUCAAGUGAAAAACUGCGUGUAUUUAUAACUUCCCGUUCAGCUUGGUUAGCGAUCCGUCCAAUGCGCUUAAAAGAGACCGGAAGAAUAGAGUAGCAUCUGGCAGAUAUGGACCAAUCACUGUAGCACUGUAGCUGGGAAGACACGUGAUCCGUUAGCUUGGCUGCUAGCCACCCGCUGCUUCCACAGGUGACGGAUAGUGGAACGACCUUCAGCGAAGGUUAGCCGCGAAAUAACCACGCUCGUGUCUGGUAAACAAGCAGUCGUAGACUGGUAGCAACAGUUCUACUAGGGUGCUAAAGGCUGGCGUCCAGCACGCCGACAGCCUUAAAAAGUGCCGCAAAACCCGAUGACGGCACUCCGACGUGGCGAUCGUGGACCGUCAUUAAAUACGUUUGCUUGCCACCGAUGCCUUCUGGUCAGGUUCAUGAACCAAAACACUAGAGGAAAUAACUUAAAACAAACAAUCAGAGGACUGUUGGGGACCCGCCUGUGCUCAUCAUUCCCAAGGAGCCUUGUAAAAAUAUGUCCGGUUGCAAUAUUCCCAUGCAAGCUAUGGCGUUCGAGGGAACCGACGCGCUCCAAAACCCUGGUUCAGUGGUGCGGGCGAAUAGUAUGCUAACUUGCCUACUUAGUCAGGAACGGACCCUAGGUAUUGGAUGCUAGAAUGUGCGGGCGUUUUUUGGACCCUGGUACCCUAAGUCUGAUGGCGCAAAGUCUGCAUUAGUACAAUGUGCAUGUCUGCUGCCUGUCUGGAGUCCGAAUUCCUGACUCAGGAUCCCGGGAGCCAGCUCAUGCUUCACCCACGCGCGCAGACAAGGUCACUAGAUAUGCCAGUCACCGCGCCAUUUCUCGCACCGGUCAACUGACCGGGUCGGACAGUGACUGGCGCCUGGAAAUAAGAAGGCAGAGUGAGGUGGACGACUCAGCGCAUUUUCCUUACUAUAAACAAUCUGAUGCUCUUGGAGCUAUCACGUUGCGCUAAAAUCCGUGGCUUGGAAGGUUGCCAACUAACUGGAUAACUUGAGUGUCGCAGUCGGCCCAGUUUUGUGUGUUUGCGUGGAGCGACGGGCAGGUGGUCUAAGAGUCAGGCUACAAUGGCUCCUUCUUAGUGUGUCCUUAUGGCCCUCCCACUCCAUGAGAUCCGAGCCGGAUGUGACGGCGCGAAUAGCUGCGGCUCCGGCCGUGCCAACCACCUUUUUGUUGGCGAUUAAAACCUGGUCACUUGCUAUGUGGACCAGGGGGUGUGGAGUGGAGCGCUAAGGUGCGGGCUCCACCGUGCUAUCCACCUUCGCCCCUCCCCCGUCUCUGGUCUCUUUGACUUUGUCCUGACACCGGGUCCAGGUGGGGGAGGAGAAGGGAAUGCGGUAGAUGCAGCGCAAGUCUGCGUUCACUAUUGACUAAAUCACGCACAAGUCACCGUCCCUACUCCGUCUUGCUGUGGAGCACAUGGUGAACAUCGUCGGAAACGACAGCCCAACUGUCCAAGGGUCACAUCUUUCGUCUCCGUGUACGCACCAACUGUAGCUGCCGAAGAGCACUAUGGAGAUAUUUUCUUCUCGCAGCUGCAAGCAUUAGUCGGAAGACUCCCCGUCGAGAUGUACAGGUUUUUGCCGGGGGCUGGAACGUCCGAACCUGGACCAGGCGACUCUUCCAGCAGUCGCUUGAUUGGCAACUUUGGGCUUGACUCUCCAUGCAACAAUGGUGAGAGAACGCUGAUCUUUGUUGACUGCUUGUUACCAACACGUGCCUCCAGCAGCACCACAGAAAAUUUGCUGGCCCAGUACUCAGGCGACGGUCAUGCGGCCAGUCAGAUUGAUCACACUAGUUCUUUCAAAGUUCUACAGCUGGGUUCUCCGUAGCAGAUGAAUGAUGAUACUAAAACUGGGAACGUCAAGAGGCCUUACUAUGGUCUCGUUCGCACUCGAAACAGCGCGUGCGAGGCUCCUUGAUGUUGCCAAAUUUUGACAGCCUUGCACCGCCAAGGCCCUGAGCAGAGAAAUCCGCUCCCGUUUCACGAUCCGAGCCGACGGAGUAGGCAGCAACCAACGGUCUAUAUGACAGCUGAGAAAAUUCUUGGGUAUACAUAGCGGCGCCACAGUGACCGGGAUCAUCGGACGAACCCGUCAGUUGACUGCUCAAACUGCUCGAGCCAGGUCCUAUCAUGAAUAUUCAUUCUGAUAACUCCGGAAAGUGACGGCAUAACGUUUAGGGAUGACCGAAAAAGGUAUUGGGCUAAAAUGGUGCCAUCCAUGGAACAGGCCCCAAACGUUGGUGACACUUGAGAAUUGUACGGAAUUAACUGUCAGAUUAGUGGUAUGUGACUCCAGAACGGGGUCUAAUCAAUAUGAAUUCCAAGGUGGGUGUGGAUGUGCCACCAGAUGUUCACGCUUAGGGGCAUUCUCGAAUUCCGCUAUGGCUACCGACAGCAGACGACAGUCUGUUUUCUUGACCGCCGCCGCGUUCGAUUCUGUUCAUCUCAAGUCCCUGUGGCUAAUAAUAAUGUUUGUAGAUGGUUUUCUGGGCAAAAUCAUCGCCAUGAUCAGUGCCUUCUACCACUCAGCCAUCGCUCAAUCUCUCCCAGCCCUCCGAUAUUCGGUUUGGCGUUCGGUACGGUUGUAUCCUGUCACUCAUUUUGUCCAACUACGCCAUUGAUUGGAUUUUCGGGAGCGUCCGACACGAAGUUGACGGUGUUGUAUUUGUACCCGGCCGCCGACUGACUGGUUUCGACUACGCUGAUGAUGUUGCCGUACUAGCACCAAGCUUUGGCAAUCUACAAAUUUAUGGUUUCACGGAUGAAUGAGGUCGCGAAAUUCCUCGGUUUAUCCAUAAAGGUUGGGAAGACGAAAGUGUUUUCAACCAAAUCGCUGAGCACGAAAAAGCACCGCUUGAGAUUAAUGACAGUCAGCUUGAAGUAGACAGUUUUAAAUACCUUUGGGGCGAAGCUGGUGCUGAAUGGGCAGAGUAAGGACGACAUUGUCUCCCGAAUGGAUGCUACUCGCCGGGUUUUCUCAAGCCGUCGAAAGUGUCUAUUGGCCCAAAGCGACAUCUCCAUCGCUACGACGAUUCGCGUGUACGGGACAUCUCUUCGGUCAGUCCUUCUGUAUGGUUAUGAAUGCUGGGCCGUGUGUGGAAGAUUAGCUAAAACCAGCGGUAUGUGACCAUCACUGCUUGAGGACCAUACUCCGAGCGAGGUACGCUCACAACGUCUCAAAUGAGACAGUACGUACUCGCUACGAAAACACCGAAAGGACCAAUCAAGAGAGCAGACUGCAGUGGUUUGGACACGUUUUCCGUCGUUCGCCUCACGAGCUUUGUGUUGCUGCCCUCGAUGCGACCCCGUUAUCCACUUGGAUGCGCCGAAGAGGUUAGAUCAAAACCUUGCUCCACACAGUCCAUCACGACAUGGAAAUGGUUCCCGGACCGUCGUUACUUAGUAACCGUUGCUGGCGGAGAGAAUGUGUUGAGCUGUCCAGAUCUGCUGCCGCGCAUCGUCACGCGUGGAGAAGUACAGUUGAGGAUUUCAUCGAGAACGUCGAGAUCAGACAUGUUUGCGGUCGUAUCAUGUACCAAACAGCACCGUGGAGAGAAGUUGUCGGCAGCAUGCUGGCAGGACGCAGGUUUGCGCGCGCGCGCGCGCGCGCUUUCUGGGGAAUGUAGACACCAAACAACCAUCAUUAGUAGUGGUAGUCGCAGUAACAACAGCAAAAAUUUUGCCUGGCAAUCUUUUAGCGAUCAUACCCCUUUCUCGAUAAGGUGUUCCAACUCUAAGGAGAGUUUCCUGAUAUGCUGUCCACGAGAUUUUUGGCGGCGCAUUUCUAAAAUUGUUACUUGCGUGGUCACACCACUGUAUACUCUGGAUUAUUCUUCGAAGCUGGCGACACGGGAGGAUUUCGUUUUUGCCUUCGGUAGGCAACGAUCAAGUUUCCGGAUAGUUCAAUAAUAUUGGCUGGACUCAGUCAUGGGAGACGUGGGUUUCAACCAUCUACCGUCGCUAAAGAUAAUGAAGGCCUACGUGGGCCGCAUGAGCCCCUUCCUCGCUGUCAUUUCUUUAGGCUGAAUACCGAGAUAGCGAAGUGCGUCUACAGUUGCAAUUGUCCGAUUCCACCAAACCGCACUAGGGCGUUUUGGGGCCUUUAACAGCUGUUUUAAGGCGGUUUGACGUUGCUAACAUUAAUCCCGAAUCAGUGUAGGUAUAUUCUUCGUCCCAGUUUCCCCUACCCCUUAUUCACCUCUCAUUACCCUUAUUCUCUCUUCUCCCUCCUGCCUGCCUACUUCAUUGCGCUUCAACACCCUUCAAUUUAGGUGAUUUACGGCGAUACAGACUCCAUCAUGGUCAACACAAACUCCAAGGAUUUGCUCAAUGCCCUCGCCAUUGGUGAAAAGGUAAAACAUGAGGUUAACCGGCGCUUCCGCCUGGUGGAACUCGAUACUGAUGGCGUCUUUGCAGCGAUGCUUUUGUUGGCCAAGAAGAAGUAUGCAGCCCUCUCCAUCGUCAAUCCCCUGACGUACGCUGAAAAGCUACGUGCACGGCAGCAGUCCUCUCAGGAGCAGAAGGGCACAGUCGCCGCAUUGCCGCCCCCACCCACAAAGGCCGAGUUGAAGGGUCUGGACAUUGUGCGUCGCGAUUGGUGUCGCCUUGCUGCCGAGGUUGGUAGGGCCUGUGUUGAUGCCCUACUCUCAGGCAAGCCAAGUGAACAGGUACUGGACCAAAUCCAUACGCAUUUGCGCACUGUGGCUGAACAAGUUCGUCAAGGCAGUCUACCCCUACCUGAGUUUGUGAUUACAAAGGUUCGUCGUGUGCAUUCUACUUCUUUCAUUCUGAUGCAAUUUUUUAGAAGAUGCUGGCUGCUAAAGGGAGGAAAAUGGAGAGUGCACCCUUGUUGUGAAGUGGACGUAAUUGUCGGCAAAAAUCUUUAAAAACCACUGUCUAGACAAAAGCGAAGAUAGCGACUUCGUUAUCGUUGAACCACUUAAUUAUCGCAAGACCAUCCAUUUUUUCACUAACAGAGGAUGGGGCUAGCAGACAGUAUAAGUAAUUAACGAUGGGGAAUAAAGGAGAAAGAGUACAGUUUCAGUUGACCGAGUAUCUGUUUUCUGUGUUAAUUCAUGAAAAUGUGCAUAGGCUAAUUGAGUAAGGAAAAAACAGCGACUCGCGUUUAGGAGGCGUAUUUUUUUAUCGAGGAUGCAGCGGGCCGUUAGCAACAGACAAGUGAGGGAGGACUGAUAAUCCAUAACAGAUGAUUCUUUGCAAGGGAUUCGCCUAGGGGCGUCGGGCAGCUGUGCCUAAAAAUACCUGAUUUGUUCUGCCUGAUUUUGAUUUCAGAUAACUCGAUUUAAUGUAAUUUUUAGUUAAAGAGGCUGAAAGCAUUACGCGGAAGUAUAAGGCAAUAUCUUUGGGGAAAAAGCCUUCUGUUGGAUGGGUUAACAGAGGAAAAUACAGGAUCUAGGCUGCGUCUAGUAGAUGCGGGGGUUGGAACAACCGUCUAUUGGAAAGCUUUACCGUCGUUGAGUGCCAAAUGUACCCCAGGGGUCUCUGCCAUCGAUUAUUGUCAAAGGGAGAGAGAGAAGUAGGACAAGUGAAGCGUCAAUGGAAUAUAAGGUGAGCAGUAGUGACAGAAGACAGCGUGGUAUCGCCAAAGGGUUGGUUUAUCCGUUAGAUCACCGUUGUUGAAAAGAACCACUAUCUCGUACGGACUCGAGAGCCUUUUGAACAAGUCUGGUAUUUUCUGUGUUCGAGUGUAGCCAGUCGUAAUUGGGGAAGCUCUGAGAUUUCCGAUAGUUCUUUAACGGCACUUUACUACGAUUUUGUACAUACCUUCGGCCAGUGACGCCGCUAUUUAGCGAACCCUAGAAUAUGGUCAAGCAUACUUCAUUCAACAAUGUGUUAGGGGUCAGAGCAUACUUUUGUGCGCCAUUGUUAUCUUCCCCCUUUAAAUCUAGCUCAUAUAGUUCGGAGCGACUGCUGAAGCUGCGCAGACGUUUCUGAAUGUUCCUGGCGCACUAACGGUCAAUUUUUUGUCGAUUUUUGAAGGAAACGUCCUUCAUAAUGAGUGUGGAAAGUGCUACAUUUUCUAUCAAGACUCGAACACAAAUUCUUUCGUUGAUGUCACCAUUACAAUAACCUCAAACCCGGGUUGGGAACUUUCAAAAGCCCCAACUUGCGUAUGAGCGCAGACUGUAGUAUUAGACGUUUUUAAAGAAUCUGUGUAAGUAUUUUUGUGUACAACUUUUUGCAUAAAUUUUGGUAGCAAUUCUCUGAACUUCCCGCAAAGACGUGUGUGCACGCCACUUCCGUAUGAUCUAACUUAAUGUAUAUAAGAUAGCAACCUCUGCGACACUACUUCCUUUUAACACAAAGCUCCUUUCCAUGAUAUAGAUGAAGAUUUGCAAAAAAACUUGCCAGUCUUACGUGCUAUGGGCUAUGACAAGCAAACGCGCAAAAAACCUUACCAAAAUCUAAUUAAGGGCAUUCUGGUAAACGCUUUUGCAUAAUACUAGGGUUGCCUAGUUUCACUAACUUCCGUUAAUGGAGGGUGGAGGACUUCAACUCGAUGUGCAUUAUCAAUAACUAGACUGUCUAAACCCACCGGCUGUAUUAGGGUGCAGCACUGAAUUUAACCUGAGCAAUUUUCUUACGCUCAGGUCAGCAAACAUAGGAGAUCCAUGUUGAUAAUCUGAGAAGUGUGAUGAACAGUGGAAUUGAGUGGUUGACGUUUCAGAGGGCAUGGCCAGCUCUCGAUUAGCAAAACGUUUUGCGCCAAAAAUCGAGCAUAAUUUUGAAUAAACAGACGAAUUAGUUGGCCUUUGACCGAUCGAUUUUCUUCUUUGGCUGCCCCAGCCUUCUAACCCUUGCCUGAAUUUCGGCGGCCUCCUGCGUUGUUUGUCAUCACCUCAACGGGGUCGGUUGCAUCUGUGCUCCCCUAUGGGAAAAAGUCGAUGGGGCGUGUUUGGUCGAUAUUUUUAAGCUCCGUGUGACCGUCUUGUCCUAGUAAUGGCGUAUGCAAUGACGCAAGACUUUAUAGGCCGCAGGAAGGUAUAGAUGCCUGUUGAUGCGGUUGACAUCUGGCCUCAAGUGUGAGACUUUCUGUGUUUGAGGUACUCCGGCUUAAGACGACAGCGCCUUGGAGGUCAAAACUAUAACCAGUUUCUCCGACGUGAGUCGCAAGCUGUGAGUUCGGGCCUGGUCUUAGAGUUGCCAGUUUGUGUUUGUGUAGGCGGGCCUCCAAUUUCCAUUCGGUUUCCCCAACGCAGUCGCAGUCUUCAUCUUUACAACGUAUUUAAUAGGCAACUGCUGUGGUUUUAGUGGGGGUUGCCAUGUGUCUUAGGGUUGCAUUAAAUGACGACGAACUAUUGCCUGGAAUCGACGACAAUGCUCACUAACGGGUUGUCACAGUCGUGAAACCACCUUGGAGACUCCUUUACUGUAAAGAAUAGCCCGCCGCUGAUUCAGUGAGCCAAUCGCAUUUCUCAGUUUUCUUACGGAAACGCGUAUUUUUCUAUGUUUUUGCACAAACUGAUGUUCUCUCUCCCCUGUCCUCGCCGCUAGAUGUUGACAAAGAACCCCGAGGACUACCCAGACGCCAAGUUGCAGCCACACGUGCAGGUUGCUCUGCGUUUCAAUCAGGCCACAAAUUUGGGCGGCGCUACGGCGACUUCAAGUAGCCGACGUUUCCGUGCCGGUGACACUGUGGAGUACAUUAUUUGCGAAGACGGCACCAAUCGAUCUGCUGUCCAGCGUGCCUAUAGCCCCGCCGAGAUGUCCGGCGAGUUCCGACUCAUUAAGCAAGAUGGUUUGUCCGCAGAUCUCUCUCUCUCUCUCUCUCUCUGCGUUUUACUUAAACUUCUUUUGUGCUUCAUGUGGUUUUCCAGCCUACAGGCCGUCUGUAAUCCGCAGGUGUAAUUUCAUGAGGUCAUUUUUCCCACACUUUUUAAAGGCAAAAAUAGAUGGGAGCGGGGUGACUGACUUGCAAAGCCCUGCACAAGUGUCGUUUACGAAUCAAUCCUAACUGCAGCACGAAAUUUAGAUGCUCCGUCUCGCUCUAGAAGUAAUUUUUAACACCCUAGCCUAGCAAUAAGCACUAAGUCAACAGAGGCAAAGGACACUAUGUUAGAAUUGCGCUUAACGAUCAUUUUACGGGACAUGCUCGUUCCGAUGUGUCUUGGGACCCAAUCUAGAGCCAACUUAGCCACUCGCACGGCGACCAAGAGUACAGGCCGAGCAGAGUACCACCAAAUACAAGGAAGAUUGGAGUGACCAUUUCUGGCUUAUUAGUCAUCAGUCAGCCAUACCAAACUUGGACUUGGGAUUUGGACCCGGGAUCCUUAGUCAUUGAGUUGAACGUUGUACCACUGAAUCACGGGCCGGUUGUCCUAUCGGUUGCUAUCCGGAAUACCAACUAUAUAGGGAUUACGUUCACUGGUCGGGCAACGAGAUAUACUCGUUCCGAGGUGCCUUUGAAUUCAAUCCAGAGCCAACAAAGGACACCAGAACCGUAAUUUAUGAUCAAUCUGCCCCGUCGGUCAGUUAUACCCAAACUGCAGGUCUCUAAGAUCCGAGGCUCAAAUCCAUACCCAGUCGUCCAUUGAGCCAUUCGAUCUACCGCCUGAAGCACGCACUCAAGCUUUUUAUCUUGUAUUAUUGCUUUCCGACAACGACAAAUAAGCCAAAAGAAACCAUCUCAGCCCCUUUUGCUUUUGCCAUGCCGGAUUUGCUUUUAUUCAUCUGCCAUACCGUGACAGUCCACAGAGGGCCUUAGGACCAAUGUUUGCUACUACGAGACACGCGGUAUAGUGUGCCAUCCUAAAUACCCAGCAUUAGAAGCAAAAAUUAUCAGUUAAGCCCAUUGUUGAGUAUUGUACUAGGUACACGAUUUACCGUACCGACAGCACAGGAACUAGCUGAGAGCCCAGGCACGUUUUCUGCCACCGCAUGAAAGCUACGAUGGGUUCGGCUCAUCAGUGCCUCCCCCUACGUUCCCCGAGUACCUUCUGACAGAUAAUCAAAUUUUAAAAUGUCAAAUUUUAUAAUUACUUCGGAACGUAAUGCGUUAACUUCGGGAUGAAUCAUUCGGAUUGAAGCUUGAUAGGCUCAGUCCGGCAGUUUAUAUGAACAUUUGAGCUGAAAUCCAUCAACUACAGCGUAAUAACUGCGCAGUAUUCAUAAAAUGCUACACCAUAGAUGUAGCUGAUGGAUUUCGGUUCAAAUAUUCACGUCAAUUUUCGGACCAGGCAUAUAAAGCUUCAUUCUGACUGAUUAACACUAAUUUGAUGUUUCAUCUCUGAAAUAUUGUACCGGUCUCUAUGGGAGGUCCCUAUCAUGUGUUGCAGGACACAGUGCGAGCGAAAUGGAUGCAUUGUGCAAUCAGAUCAAAUUGGUAAACUUAGCCGCCUCCAACACUAUCCUUAAGAAAAUUUCGGUAUCCCUGUCAACCACUUCCUCUCUCCUCUUUACAUGUGCUUGGAUUACCCAAGCUUGUAUUCAGGAGAAUCAACCACUUGUGCACAUAGUUUCUCCACCAAUCGUUUUGCAUCCAUUCAUGUCAACGACUACGCCCGAUCUCUCAUCUCCGGUCGGCCUGAUUCUGUUUUCGCACAAGUUCACGAUGGGAAGAUUGAGGCAAUUUCUGCGCGACAUCUUAUUCCUAUCAAACUACCGCGUGUAAUUCCUCAUUAGACCGCAUAUUUGCACAAAAAGGAUAUCUUAUCAUUGUCGGAGAGACAGAGUCGUCCAUUUCGUGGCUAUGCGCAAAAUAUUCCUUUGUUUCUACACGUUAUUGCCGUUGUAGGGGUAAAAUUGCACAGACCUCCAGAUUAGGAUUUCUACAGGCGGUGGUGUUUCUGCCCUCUCCAAGAUAAUGCGAUCAAUUACGCUGGCCGCACUAGACUCCCAUGACCUUGGCAGUCGAUAUUUAGGUUCACAAAAGCUUUCAUAAUGAACUUUAAUCACUUGGACUAAUGGCCUCUGUCAGACAAAGACGCAGAAGGUCGUAUUUGUGGUUUGCGUCAUUUACCAGCACAGGUAUUCACUUGGUAAUGUCGAUCUCACCCAAGAACACCUCAAGAACCACACUUUGCAUGAGAAAAGAUCUUUUAAAGUAACCCCUUAUUAGAUCAAGUGCACAACGUCUGACGCGCCCCCACACACAGGUCAUCGGGAUUUUUAUUACUAUGCUUUGUCAGUUUCACCAUCUGCUGCGGCCCCUGCUGUUGGCCAGGCUGUCCACUAACCAUCUCAUUGACCCCCUGCCAUACAUUCUCCGUCAGAGUUUACUCACCUUGCUUCAUUCCCUCUAAGUGCAAAAUGAUCCCCACACUGUCGAGUCUAACUGCUCCUGCUCGGGUUAUCUGUUUCCAGUUUGUUUUCAGCACUUUCCUGCCUUGCGCACGAUGAGGAAUUCCGCUGACUCUAAAGAUUGACGAAUACGCCUUUUCUCUGUACUGAGCCUGAUGCUUAUGCUCAUUAAGCAACUGUUCUGCGUUCGUCUGGCGAACUGAAAUUGCUGGUACAUGGGGCCCGCUGAUAAGCAUAUCGCCAACUAGACCUAUUUCUGAAUUUACAGGAGGAGGAUUUGCUGAAAUUAGUAGAUCUAUCAAAGCUACCCUUGCUGCGUUGCUUGCCGCGGUCAGCCAACCACACCUGCCCACCGAUUGAUGUGAGGUCGGCCUGACCGCUGGGCUGUUAGAUUUGUUUUCUGAUAAUGGGCAAAAGUUUUGUUAAAGAUUGCCUCACUGGGAUGGGAUAUGCGCCACCCGAGGGUUCUUGUUUUAUUGUGUAGUAAGUCUGCGAUUAACAUGAAAGAUGCCUGGCUUCAGGCGGCAGUCUUAAUUGUCGAGUUUUACAUAUGUGCAUUCCUUUCCGUCUUCAUAGGCGAUUCCGAGAAUCACAAGACGCAGCAGCCCGUCAGCCUCAAAGUAGAUGUACAAUACUACCUAGCGCAUCAGAUCCAUCCCGUCGUCUCCCGUCUCGUUGCGCCCAUAGAGGGCACCUCUCCGGCGCACAUUGCUGAUUGCUUGGGUCUGGACCCGACUGCCUACCGUCGAACCAUGGCCUCUGCCGGUGAAGAGGGUCUUAAUGAGGUAAGCGCCUGGAUCCCAGUCAGCUGCGAGCCUGAAUGUGGAGCUCUUCGCCUCAAGCUGUUGAUCUCAUACUAUUACCAUGGUGGGAAAAGGCCAGUAAACUGGAAAUGGGACAGAAGGGGGGAGAAGGAGAGGGAAAUUUUUGAGAAUAAAUGAGGAGCAAUUUUGGUUAUUAGUACGUUGAUGGCAUAGGAGUGACAUUAACCUCGGUUGCUUUUUGUCAUCUCUCAAGAUUUCCGACCUGUACAACUGGAUAGAUCUCGAACUACUCCGUUUUAGGACCAAGUGAGGUUUUUACUCUCCAUAAAUCUUUUUAUUGUCAACCGCGCCGUUCUGUCUUCCGGUAAGCCCAGAUAUCAUCUUGAAAGAUAGGAGCUGGCUUAUUAUCUAUCUGACGGGGCGCUGAAAGUACGUCUGGACACCAGGUGUCGACGUACUUGUGUGCUGUUGAUCAUCAGGCAAACCCCACUACCCACCCAGCAGUUCUAACUUAACUUUAUCAGGCAGAAACCUCAAUGUCAGAGAUGCUGAUUGCUGAUUAGAUUUGCAACAGCUUCCUAUUUCCUAAACACCGUCUCACCACCGUUGAUGUCCAGGCAUCUAUGUCCUAUAGCUCCCAUAAAUUCUUUUUCAGUAUGCUAGACAUUUGACCUAACCUAUCCUAUCCCGUGGGCCACUUGGCGAACAUAGAGUUGCACUUAGUUGCUGGCAAAAUAAUACUAUAAGUAGUUGAAUAAACAAGGGCUCGUCAGUUAAGGGGGUUCCUGCACUCCGUUUAAGGUGGAAAGAACUGGAAGGUGGAAACUGAGAAUUAAGCUGUGGGAUGACCUCAGAUAAUUAACUUGGCAGGCAAAACGGUCUGGAUUAUCUCGGGCCUAGAUUACGGUAAGUCCACCGAGAUGGUGCUGAUAGCUGUCAUUUAGCCGGGAAGAGUAUGUGCGUAUCUAUAAAAAGUCUUGUAUGAGACCUGCGCAGGUUGGUAGAGCCACAUCACUUGACCUGCCUCACCCAUGAUUCUAUUAUAUUUAAAUUUAAAAGGUUGGCAUGGAGAUGUGCGGCUGGUGCAUUUAACAUCCAGGUCAUUCUGCGUUUAGUGUGCGCAGUCGCAAUCUCUCUUUAUUGGGGAUGAAAGUGGUUCAGACCUCACAUCAGAUGUUGGGCCUCUUGCACCCAGGCAGCACUAUGCUCAUAAGGGGCCUUUUUGACUAAAGUCAACACCACAUACAUGCCUGCCUGUCCCUGUGGAUCUGCAUCUCUUACUAAGGCACGGUCCCCUAUUAGCUUUCUCCUCGUAAGGGCUCCCAAGACGAGCUGCGGUGUUGUGCCGGAGUCACAGCGGGUUGCAGCACGUCUCAGACGGAAGCUUUACGCCGAGACCGACUGCAAUUCGACUGGCGCACUUUUGAGUUGUCACCACUUGCUAAAAGCCGUGGCUUGGGGUUGUCAACUUUACUGGUAGCUUUGUCUUCCACAGGUCCGAGGGCCGCGGACCACGUUGUCCUUUAUGGCAACUCCCACCGGUAUGAGGUCCGCUUUGUGCGGGGCAAAGGGACAACACGUGUGUGACACUCACAGGCGUUGGUUUAGCCUGCUUAGCCGUUACGCCUACGCCCAUAUGCAGUUGACUUGAUAUUUAUCUUGUCGCUGGCAUACGAUUGUUGUGAAACAAUAGACUAAGUCCGAUGUCCCGAAAGUACGGUUCGUGCUGAAUUCGUCGCUGCUUCCCCGGUCAUUGGUGGCCGUCAUUGUAUGAUACGGACAAGUUGUCAUAUAUUGGAGGGGGGGGGGGUAAGUCUUUAGGUUAUUCCCGUGUGGCAAGUACCUAUGUUGGCGUCUUAGACAGGACCCUACCUAACGUGUAGAAUUUCGCGGCAAAUUCCCUUUUGGCCUGACUUCACUAAGUUUGACUUUGAAGGUAACUAGAAACCACCGGUACCUGCAGCAGUAGUUCUUGUGUCCCAUUUCAAAACACUGAAUUUCGCUUUUCACGACACCGUAACAACAAUCACCGAAAAGUCAUCAGACUAGGACACUCGAUCAGCACAUCAUCAUCACAUCCGCUACAUUAGAUUCGCCACACUCGUCCAGAUUGUUACAGCGACCCUGGACUCAGUACCACGGCCUCUGACGUAUAAUUUAGGGGGCAGAACGAUGUUUAGACCAACUUUGGGAAUGACUUGCCUCGACAGGAUAGCAUAAGCUGUAGGGUCCUUUCGUGUAUUGUUACAGGGUAUCGGCUUCUGUCGUUGAUAAUCUUCCCAUCUUUUGCGACAAAAAUCAGACACGUUCUCUGCCCGUCACGCCUAAUGGUGUCGAGAAACUAAUUCUGGACACGAGUGCCUGUGUCUUUUAGGACGCCGCCCAGAGUUGUGACGCCUACAAGAUGUCUUGACGAUUCGUUUGGUCAUUCACGAAAGGGUCGUUUGCAUACUGUAGGUUUAUAAACAAGCCCGUCGAACUCUCCUUAACAGGUCCGCCGUUUUUCCACACCAACUUUUUCUGCUUCAGUCAUUUUAACCCAUUGUUAUUACCAUAACUUUGGUUAGCCUCUCUUAACUGAACCCUGGACGUCUGUGUCAGCAUAUUGCCAGUUGGUCUGUUUGGUUUUGAGAGGACGCAACCUGUAUCAGGCUCCCAGCUGAAGGCUCUUUUAAUAGUUCUGGCAAAUCCCAACACAUUUCUGCGUUACGGAUGAUCCUUCUCCCCCUCUCUGAAUGCCAGUCCCCUCUUAUCACAGGUGGAGAACUACGAUGACGGUGGUUCCUUCUUCUCGGGCGCUUUCAUGAGCGAGGCUGAUCCCCUCACUGUCGUCUGUCCCCGGCAGAAGGAGACUGGCUGUACUGGCGUGGCAGAACUUCGAAUGUCUCCCUUCUCACAGGCCGGCCUGGCCACCUGGGUGGUAAGCCGCACGUCACUUGUCUAUGCACGACCAUGCCUGACUUUUAUUUUCCCCAGUGCGUUUCUGGCCGGUCAGAGAGUUUUUUGGAGAUUAAGUUUACUUGACUUGCAGACUGUUCAACAGACAAGUGCAGAUAUGAGCUUGUGAAGGUUGCCGAUACUGAUUUUGCUCAUUUCACUUUUGAGAAAGCCUGAUCCACAAACUUUGCUGAUUCCUUCAAUGCCACCGUCAGUUUUAGGUCGCUUGAACCAAUAGACGGUCGGUACAGUGUAUGCACUUUAGAGAUCUGUGCGUCUAUUGACUGAUUUCUCAAAAGUCCCAUUUCCAAUCACAUAUAUCCGCCAUUACCUCCGAGGCAGUGAAAUCUAACCCGUGAUCCUGCACGUGUUAAAAAGUACCUUUGACUAGAAUAUUCACCCCCAUUUUGCUUCUGUCCAGUUUUCAUACGGGCGUUCGUGUAGUCUUUUUCGCUCUCUCCCCGUAGUCAUCUCUGUUUUCCUGUGACGGAAUUGCGUUCACUGACCAUAUUGCAGGACAUGACCGCCUCGGGGCUCAUUAUAAAGUUCCCGCGAAGUCGCUUGGUGACUAGCAAUAUGUACAGGAUGGAACAUCGUCAAAGACAAGGACGGUACAGCAUAUUGACAGACUGCCAGGACCUGUCAGCGUGGCGGUCUGGAGAAUCUAGUCAUGUGUUUGUGUUCUUACUGUCCGUUUGAUCCCUCAGGGACACCGAAAACGUCCUACGUUGUUUUCGCUUACGCCCACCGGCUUCCGCAGGAAUGCGCGCACUGAAAAUUUGCGAAAGGUAGUUUUUUAAAGAGGUAUUUACUUCCUCGGGAAGUGUUUUUCGAUACGGGUUUUUCUUUGAACAAUAUGGCCUCCGUCGCCCUAGCAUCGUCUCGUGAUAGUGUCGCUCAGUGAUGCAUCCUGAUUGCAGGACAAAAUAUGCGCCCUACGUUUUGCCUUGGGGCUUCCGUUUCGAUACUGCGGUCGGUGCCCUCCAGCCGUCUCGGAUGUGACUGACUAACGAUGACAGGUAAACCCCAAAAACGGUCGCUCUGGUCCGCCUUACCUUUAUCGGCAAUACUCACCUUUGCCGCAGGCUUUCCUGGCGUAUUUUUUUAGUUUGACUGGUCCGCCACUUCGGAACUCCCCUUCCGACGGAGUUGAGAUCGUCCCACUUGAGCUCGCAGCGCAUCGCAAAUAAGAUUCUUAACCGCGAAGGUGAUGACGACAAGUAAUGGGCGGCAUAUUCUGUCUUCACUUAAACUGGCAGGUGGUUGCCUGUUCGUAACCUCUACCAGUCUUUCAGAUCUUGUUUGUUUUGGGAAGCCAAUUCAUCAGUGUGCGCCUGUUAGUACAAGAAUUCCCUAUGUUUAGAUCGGAAAAACUCUUCAAGUCGGCUUUACGUUUCUACUGCCAAAUGUUUACCCUUUUUGUGAUUUCAUGAGCCUCUGAAGAUUAAGUAAGGUAGAUGGCGCCUUUACUUCCACUGCAUGUGCGCUCCUGUGUGCCUCCGCUCCGCGCAUGUUAAGGUCCCUCAAAGCUGAACCUGCCGACCAGAAAACCAUGGUAACUCGCGCACUCUUGAAGUCUUUGUGACUCCAACGUGGGACUUAAUGGAUGGAAGAGUGCACGUGUAACUGCGAAACGUUAACCUACGUCGCCUACCUACCCACGAAAACUAUUACGUUGGACCAGCUCCACCUUCUUGAUGUUCAGGUAGAUCAAUCGCCUGCUUUGUCACGUCCAGUCUAUACUUAGAACUCAGGAAAGGGUCGUCGGACACCUGCUGCACCUGGACACCGACCACCAAAGUCUCCCACUCAGCAACCAAACAGAAUCACGUAAGGAUGACUGCAGGAGAUUGUGACGGGUGAAUUACCAAACGGUGUGCUCAAUGUGACAUUGCACAUUGCUCCUAAACCAGUUUUCCGGACUUUCAAUUGGGGUUAAAUGUAAAUGCUAUUUCGAAUACCACAGUUCCAACAAAACGAGGGCUGGGUUUUUCACCGAGAUGGCUGCUUCAUAUUCACCCACCAAUGCUUAACGGCAUUGCUGAUCGGCUAUUGCUACCCUUUUUUCUCCCUCAGUGUCCCCAAUGUGGUGAAAACCUUCUAAAGAGCCCAUCUCAGGCUUGCGCUGUGGUAAACAGACUCGUGCUACAGGCUCGCCGACACAUUGUCGACUACGAGACGGGCUGGCUCGUCUGCGAGGACCCCGCCUGCGGUCUGGCCACUCGUAAUCUCGCCUGUCCGCCUGUGAAUAGUAGCACAACUGCCACCGACGACUCAGAUGAGGAAACAAAGCGGAUUUCCGGCACCGGCGCAUCCGGCCUCUGGACGGCUGCCGGAAGACCCCUAUGCCCUGCCUGCGGAGGCCAGAGCGUGUUGCGCCAACGGUAUUCUGAGGCUCAACUCUAUCGGCAGCUCAUCUUCUUCCGUCACCUUCUGGAGCCCACAGCUAGGACGGCCUCGGAAACACCAGGCAAGUAUUGUCCUCCCUGUCGUUUAGCACGCCCUCUUCGCCAAACCUUUUUCCUCCAAAUCAAAAAUAGUCACAAUAUGCCUCGUUACUAAGGUUAGAUAUUUAUUCUGGAAGAACAAGUGCUUGUUAAUGUUGUAUUUGUCUUUCCGGGCAAAACGUUGAAUCCAUACUUCCGUGGGCAUGAAAACAUGCGAUUUCUUUUAACAUACUUACAUGGGAAAGAUUUCCAGAGAUGCGCUUGUCGGAUGAUCAUAUUUCGAUUGUCGUUGUCCUCUUAAUCAGAUUGCCGAGGAUCGUUUCCAUGGUGAUAUUGUCGUUAGGAAGAUAUCUCGGUGCCAGCCUGUUUUCCUUUUGCAUUCCCAGUACACCUAUGGCUUUUCCGAGCCUGUCAGCUUGCUGGGUUUGAGAAUGGAUGCAAGGCCAUUUCGGCGUGGGCCUCCGCCUAACGCAUGCCACACACAAACUUCGACACAUUCGUCGCCCAUCACCUCCGACACUGGUGACCUUGAUCUCACGAUUUUUGCACGGGCGAUUAUUGAGUGGGUGAUGCGUCUGUGAGCGGUGAAGGAUGUUUCAGCCAAUGUUCUCUUAUAUGUGCACAUCGCCAGCGACCGAGUUCGCGAGUACAGUGUGGGUAGAGAAGUCUGGCAUGACAAAUGCUCGCCAGACCUCCGGUCACUAGUUUUUCAGCCCUACUGCAAUAGAUUCCCGGGUGUUAAACUAGACAUUGCCCGAUUGGAGCAUGUCAUCACAUUGGGAGCAAACUGGCACCGCAUCUGCACUGUUGACGACUGCCCUCUGUGCUCUGCUGUUGUCUCUAUUUUGGUAGAUUUAAGUGUCUGAAACCGAAACUCGAUCGUGACAUCAUAGUGGACACACGCUGACAGAGGCGGUGUUGGGCCUCAGCACUGCAGUCUUGCAUGCUUUUCGUUGCACCUUGAUGUUGAACAUUCGACUGGCUUCGAAUAAUGCUUUUUACAGUUUUUCCGUCUGUUUAUCAUGCCUGUGUCGAUCCUACUCAGGCGUUUCCUAAUCCUCGUAUUCACUUCGAGGAUACUUCAAGAUAUAUUUGAAUCGCCGUUUUUAGCCAUGUUGCAUGCAUGCGUUUGUAUCGACGUCUCUAUGGAAGAGUUGCUUCGACAGGCGUAAAUAAUUCCUUCUUUUGAAAAACUCGGCGGCCUUGAUGGAAUCAGCUGGAUCAUUCCAAACCUGCCAGGAAACACCUAUUAUCAACGGUAUAUUUAAUAUCGCCGUAACCUGUCCCAUAGUCACCGCUCACGGCAGGAGUAAGCUAGUCGGACAUCUCCAGAUACACAGUAGCACCAAUCACUAAAGUGGUCUGCUCAACCCACCACGCAACCCCCAAAAGCAAGCCGAUUAAGAUGGCCAUCGCUGAUGACUUUGGGCAAACUACCAGAAGAGCUGACAAAUUAAUUGAAAUCCUGCCUUCAUUAUCAGUCUUGAUCAUGUAUUCAGACAAAAAUCGAAUAACCUAUAUCGUCACUAACUAGCAUGUAGUUAACCAAUACAUUCGGAACAAAAGGACAAUUGGGACUGGUGGGGUAGAUAAUACCUAACAGUAUUUUCAGCAGAAGGCAACUAGAGGCUGUUUUAGUCAUAUGUUGCCGGUAUGUUGUUGUUAUUGACCGGGGCGUUGUCUCGUCGGUCAUCACCGAGCCGUAAGUGCCUCUUCUUUAUCGCUAGUAUCAGUGAUUUGCACGCGGAUGUCUGGAUGAUCGACCCCUCAAUACCGUCCCCUGGAGCGAGGGUCAUCUGCCUGCUUUCCGUGUGUUCAAUGCUCAUCGAAAGCGGCACUUCAUUAAAUGCGGCCGCCCGUCAAACUCCUGUUGUCUGUCUGAGUUGGGGAUUAAGUCAUCAUUAGUAAGGAGUCUUUUCUUCGGACGGACUGUUUCUGGUCGAAGCGAUACUGACGGCCCCGCAUCCUGACGCUGAAGUCCGGAGGACCGAGUUAUCUGAUCUAUUGGUAACCCUCUAAGUCACGACUUCUAACGCGUCCGGGUUGCUAUGACAGCAGUUUGACCGUCGUUUCCGACCAUGUUCACCGUGUGCUCCACAGCAAGGCGGAGCAGGGACGGCGACUUGCGCAUGAAUUAGUGUAUAGUGAGGGUAGACUUGCGCAGCAUAUGUCGCACUCUCAACUGCUGCCUCCCGAAUUCGGUGUCAAGACAAAGUCAAGAAGACCGGAGGCUGGAAAAGCCGUAAGUGGAUGACACGAUCGAGCCCGCACCUUGGCGUUCCACUCCACACUUCAUGGUCUACCCAGUAAAUGACCAAGUUUUUUAACCAACAGUAACAGAAGAGGGGCUGGCACGGCCGAAGCUGCACCUAGGCGUGCCGCCCACAUCCGGCUCGGAUCCCACGCAGUGGGAGUGCCAUAAAGGCCACAUUAAGAAGGAACCAUUGAAGCCUGACUCUGAGUCCGCCAGCCCACCACUCCAUGCAAACAAACACUGAGCUGACUUGGAGGUCCGGAUUAUUCCGUCAGUUGGCAACCUUCGAAGCCACGGCUUUUAGCGCCCCGUGAUAGCUCCAAGCAUGCCAAAUUGUUUAUAGUGAGGAAGAUGCACUGAGUCGUCGAUCCUACUCUCCCUUCCCAUUCCCAGGCCCCAGCCACUGUCCGAGCCGGUCAGUUGACUAGUGCGAGGAAUGGGCAUGGUGGCUGACAUAUCUAGUGACCUUGUCUGCGCGCGCCACACGCACGACCUUAUCCCCCAAACACAAGCGUCAGGAUUUCACACAACAGGGUUGAGCCGCGUGAAUUUUGCAUGCGUGAGAGUGCCGUAGGUCACGUCAAGAGGGAUCCGCUUCGGCCUGGCUCUUAGCCCACCAGUCUGCCAUUACACAACUGGGCGGACUGCGAAUUGCCAUAAUGUGGGAAACUCACACAGACCUGACAUGUUUACAUUUUUCUUUCAGUCAACCUGCAGAGCGCUGUCAGGGAGGUUCUUCAAAACGGUCUCAAACACGUUUACCGGCUUCUUUCCCAUUCUGCCUUCGCAAUGGUGGAUUUGGGGCACAUCUUUGCGGGCCUUCGGAUGCGCACGACACCCGGAGCGCACUAA